AUGUCGUCCCUUGAGAAGAUGAAGAUUUCAGGGAUUCGUAGCUAUUCCCACACUGAACCUACUGUUAUUGAGUUUCACAAACCACUGACACUAAUUGUUGGACCAAAUGGAGCAGGAAAGACGGUAAGUAAUUAAAUUAGAUAUUCUGGAAAUAGCGUUUGGUGAUGUUUUUCUUUUGUCUUGCAAAUGCUCGACUGUGUUAUAUUGACUACACUUAAAGACCAAAGUCAUGAUAAAUGCACACGAGAUCCAAGGUUACUUGCACUCUUGCCUACUAAAUUUUGUAAUGUGUCCCAGUAAAGUGUGUGUGAAUAAAGCUGACUUACUGGAGUGUAGCUGAGCACAGAACUUGUUAUUAAAAAUUAAUUAAUAAUAAGAGGCAGCAUGGCUGAGUGGUCAGAGCACUGGACUUGCAAUUCGGAGGCUCUGCGUUCAAGUCCCACUCUGAGUGCUAGCUGAAUUAUGUGAUGGAAGUCCAGAGUUCAAAUCCUCAGCCAUGCUUGUACAUGUAAAUAGCUAGCUGGUUUGCCUCUGGCCAGUUGGUAUUCUUAACCCUGUUAAGAAACUACAGUAGCUGUAUGGCUAAGCAUAUUUACCAGGUAAAUAAAGUGUCUAUAGAUGUCUAUAGCCACUGUCACUACUGUCAUGUGUUUGAAUGGUGCUUUACAUGUAAUUUCGUACGAAUAACAUUUAUUAUGUUACACUCUCUAUAAACAGUCAGUUAUAGAAUGUCUGAAUUACAUGGCAACUGGUGACAUGCCUCCUGGUAGCAAACAAAAUCUCUUUGUACAUGAUCCAAAGGUAAGCAAAAAACAUCCCAUUGAAGAGGUUGCAAAUGUAUGAAAGGAAGAUUAAACAGAAUUUAGGCCCAGUUGAGCCCCUGUUGGGGUAAAAUUAUGACAAGCAACAUGGCCUUAAAACUGCGACAUAAAACUGCAUGAAAUGGCAACAAACUGCAUAAAGAUGGGUUGAAUACCAACAGGGACAUGGCGUACUCUUCAAAAUGUGGAACAACUGUAUUUGAGAUUCAGACAAGGACAUAGUAUUAUUAUGCUCCUGCCCCUACCCCCACCCCCCCCUAGCCCCUAAGAGGGCCUGGCAGUUGGACAAAAAUAAUAUUUAUUAUGGGAAAACUAGAGAAUAGACCUAUUUGGCUAACUCAAUGUUGUACCCAAUUCAAAUCUCCCGGGGUUGAGAUUCUUUGUGUACUGUAUUUGCAUCAUAAUGUUGCAUUCACAUUUAAAUGAUAUGGAAAUUUCUGAAACAAAACGCUUUAUUCCCAAAGGGUUUGAAUUGGGUACAACAUUGAGUUAGCCGAAUAGGUCUAUAGGCAGGGUUUUCAGUAAGGUUUUAAGUAGGAGGCAAGAGAUAGUAGGCGGAGAAGAAAAAAAAAACUUGUGACAAAGUCGCAACUUGCAAGCGCCGAAGGCCCAAGUUACUAGGGGGGUCCAGGCACAUGCCCCCCAGAAAAAUGAUGACAUCUAGGCCCCUUAAAAUGCAUUUCCAUCAUCCUCGAACAAAAAUUAGAGUGUCUGAACAGAACACAGACAUUAUUAAAUUUUGGCUUUUUAAAUUCAGUGACAGCACAUGAAUAUGUUGUAGUUCAAUUUUAUUCUGGUUUAAAAAAUUUUUUCCCAAGAAAAGAAGGCAGUCUUUUCGCCUGAAAUAACUGGCGAAUUUUGAGUCACUGGCAGCUACCCUGAUAGGUGGUUGAGUACAUGUAUGUAUUACAGUCUUCAUGAUAAGUUCAGAACAAAAAUAGUUAAAGUAUAUACAGCUGUACAUUGCUGAUCCUAGUGGAAUGCAGAUUUCUGUGGCCAAGCCUACAAUGUGUUUUUUGUAUCUAAAUGACAUUUGAACCAAGUCAUUGUCUGGUAGUCAUUAUGGUAACAGUGUUAUUACAUAACAUGAUAAUUUAGAUUGCUGGUGAAAUGGAAGUGAGAGGUCAAAUUAAACUGAAAUUUAGGGAUGUUACUGGAAAUCCUAUGGUUGUAACUAGAACCCUGGUGUCCGAGCAGAAGGUAAAAAAUUUUGAAUUAAUUUGUGUAAUGCUAACUUAAUCCUUCAAGCCCCAGUAUCCACUUACAGAUUUUCAAUUUACUGAUCUCCAUGCAUUUCUUAGAAGAAUUAGUUGAGAGAAAUUGAUAAAAGAUUAAAGCAUAUUUCCCUUCAUUUUUCUGAUCUUGUGUAAUAUUUGCACCCCUUGGUAGGCACUAUUGGCCAAUGUCGGUUGACUUGUCGGUAGAGUAUCGGGCAACGCUCGAUCACCAUAGUGGUCGCGCCAUAUCAGUUUACAUGUCAGCCAACUUGUGGCGAUCUGUGUGUUGGUGUUUUGCCCAAUAUAGCACAGUCUGGGGGUUUGAAAAUAGUUUCUGUUGUUGUGUCAACCCAGUUCAACCUGGCACCAUCAACUUGUUGGAUUUCUGCCGUGGUUCUAUGCGUGUUAUACCUUUACAUUGUCCUGGAAAACCUCUUAACUAGGUGAUGCCAUAGUGGUCCCUAUUUUUUCCAAAAAAAUUGCACACACUUGAAAUUAUACUCUCACAUUAGACUGGUAAAAGCCGCCAAAGCCCCAUAAAAAUUGCUGCAUGGAUAACAUAACAACAAAAAUUUGAGUAGACGAAAAAUACACUGUUGACUUGUGAAGUAUCAGUGGAAUGUCAGUAGCCUAUUGUUCGAUAUGUUGGCUCACUCUCAAUCAACUUACAGACCAACACUAUUGGCCAAUCUGUCAGUCGACAAGUCGGCCAACUCUCGGUCAACUGUUGCUCAACAUAUUGGCCCACAUGUUGUCCUACAUUGUACAGUUGGCCAACCGAUGUCAGCAGAGAGAUAGACUGGGAGUUGGCCAAUAAUUAUGUUGAUUGAUGUGGCGACCAAGAGUUGGCCGACAUGUCGACUGAUACUCGACCAAGGGGUGCCCGGACUGCCAAAAUCACAAUAAGUGAGUUACAGUUAGGUCAGACUCAACAGAAAAGUCGGCAAAGAUCAAAAACUAGUUAGAAAGUGCAAGAAUAUGAAAAAAAAAUUCAUUUCGAAAAGAAAUAAAAAAUAUAUGCGUUAUAUAUAGGUAUAUUAAAUAUACCUAUAUAUAAUGUAUAUAUUUUUGAUUGAAUACAUAUAGAUAUACAUUAUACAUACAUAUAAAAAUAUUAUAGAAUUGCUUUAGACAGGCCACAUUUAAAUGAAGGCAGUGUCUUUGCUUUCCUCAAGAAAUUUAACUGCAGCAUAAAGCAAAUUAUAUUUAUUUUAACAAAAUAAUAUUGCUUUACAAUGUGACAGGGAAAGAAGGUCGUCACAAAAACCUUGGAAAGUAGUGUUGUGCGUGAAGUUCAUGGAGAGGUAUGAUUACAAUUCUCAUUGUUAACUUAGCAUCAAUACAUGAGCACAUGCGGUGCAUGCCAAUAAGGCUUGUGGACUGAACUGUAUAUGCUGAGCAUCUAGUGAGAGUAAUGUGCCUUGUGAGGCCUGAGCAACCACCUACUUGCACAGAGUGUUGGCUCAUUCUCUUUAAAAAUCUGGUGGAAGAAACAAUACUUACAUAAUGUAUCUCAUACUUAGGGAGGGACGGGUAGCAAACACAAACUGUGAGGCAAAAUGCUAACAAACUGUAGCAGUCAAGGAAAACUUUAAUGACUGUGCAUUGGCAGGAGAGCUGCAAUUUACAUGUCCCCCAACAAAACCACUCGACUACCCCACUUUGCAGAAAUAACAGACCAGUAAUAUCUUGUGGUUGACCACACUUAAAUUCAAAUCAUCCAGAAGUCUCCCUGUACUCAAUUAUUUAGGGAAGGGGAGAAAUUUGUUGUGACGGUCAGGGAAAAGUCAGGGAAAAACAAAUUUUUCAAGGUCAGGGAAAAGUCAGGGUAAAUCUUUGAUAUCAUCAAAGUCAAUGAAAAGUGAGGGAAUUCUGUUUUCUGGGUUAUAGUUCAUAAGUUUUCUUCAGGACUUUGAAAUGCAUUUUCUUUCGGAAAAAAAGAAAAGUAUGCUGCAGAGCAAGCAAAGCAGUCAAUUUGUCACUCUACAGCUGACCCAUGUAGUAGUAGUUGUCAGUGGUUUUCGUUGUGAAUGCUUUCUUUCCCUCUUUCUGCAAAAUGAAGAAAGAGGCUGAAAAUGAAGAGAAAAACAUCGGUGGCCUGAAAAAAAUGCUUAAGUGAAUGUAAACAUUGAUUGUUUCUCAUUAAUAAAAGGUCAGUGAAAACUGUUUAAAGGUCAGUGAAAAGUCAGGGAAAAGUCAAGGAAUUUUUAACUUUCUGAUGAGUGACAACCCUGGACAGUAUCGUGACUUGAAGUUAGUGGGUGCAGAAGGGGAGCCAUAACCAGCGUCAAAGCUUAAAUGUAUAGGCUUCUUGCAUUUCCUUUUAUCUUUCAUUAGCGACGAAGUUUAAGCUCAACAUGUGCUGACAUCAACAGGGAGGUAAGGAUCGCCAUGCAUACAAAAUGAUGUUUACACCUACUAGCAACACAAUAGACCUUUUUACCGAUAUGGUGGUGAUAUUGAAUUAAUUGGAUUUAAGGAGUAUUAUGGGAUGCCCAGGGGGCUGAAGCACGAUCCGAUAUACUUGCAUCAGUAUUUAUGUGUGCUUUGCGGGUCAAUUUUUUUUUCAAGUUUUCCUGGAAAAAAAUUGUUAUGGUAAAAAAGAAAGAUCAUUGUUCCAUGUUUGGAUGCAAUAAUGAUUGCCUUUUUCCCGAGAAAUAUACAUUGAAGUUCCCUUUUUGUCCAAAAAGUGCUCGUAAAUACUGGGUGAGUGCACCCUGGGCAUCCCAUAAUACUCCUCAAAUUUAAUAAAUUCAAUAUGGCCACCGUAACGGUAAAAAGGUCUACUGCUUACCAGCAAGUGGUGAAAAUAUGAAAUUCUUUUUAAAUCAAUAUCCUACUUGUAUCCAUUUCAGUGAACUGUUCAAGUGACAGUACCAUGGUGACUUUUAAGUGAGGUAGUCAAUAAUGUUUUCAAGCAUUUUGAUCCUCCUGAGAAAAUGACUAAAGCGAAUCCUCAUGCAUUUUACUUUUACCCAAUAGUGUAAAGUCUUAAUGUACUGUAGCAGAAUUUGAAUUUUAAUAUCAUAGAUGUAUAUGGAUACAAGAUUAGAGAAUUAAAAUUGACAUUACAUUAGUUCCUAUGAGCCCAGAGUCUAUUGCAUUAAAGUAAAGUACCAAUGGACCAUCACAUUUUGUAAGUCCAGUGACUGUAAGUUUGUUCUUUUGUAUAGAUGAUUUCAUCUCUUGGAGUAUCAAAAGCUGUGUUGGAUAAUGUGAUUUUCUGCCAUCAAGAAGAGUCUAACUGGUAAGUGUGCAACGGAGAAAAACCAAAAACACCCAGUGCAUGUGUUACAGGUUAAAAAAUUUUAACCUAAAUUUGAUUUUAACUUGUAAUACAUGCAUGGACCCAUGUGAAAGACAUAAUGAGAAUAAUGUUAUUUGACUUCACCCACUUAGUGCCAUGCAGGUGUUGUUGGAUUAUCAACUGAUAAUUGCAUUGCCACUGGCAUAUAUUAUGGUAAAAAGAUGUGUGUUUGUAUGCAUGGCCUACAAACUGGUUUUUGUGCAUGGAUCAACUGAAUCAAGGCCAUGAUCAACUGAAUUCAAAUGCAUUUGUUAGUUACAAAUUAUCAUAAAAUUGUGCCUGCAGUAUUAGUUUUGCAUGAAGAAUAAUUGGCUGUUUUUUAUUGGUUAUUUAUUUAAGGCCACUUAGUGAGGGGAGAGUACUGAAACAAAAAUUUGAUGAAAUAUUUGCAGCCACAAGGUACAGUAUAUAAUUUUUUCCUGUAUGCAUGGAAAAUACUACCACUAAGUUACUAAGUUACAUUACUAACUUUGUCUGCCUCAGAGACAUGUGGUCAAGUUAACAGUGAAGCAGGAAUUUUAAAAAAAACUUGAAUUCCUGGUUGUCCUUUAACAUUAUUUUUGCUUGCCUGGGAUACACUGUACAUGCAUGCUUGACACAUUAUGAUUAUGUUAGAAGUUACAAGGGUCUCUUUUUUGUCUCCAUGAAGUACAUAGCUUACAGUAUAGGUUUUUUGUUUUAGUGGUAAAUAACCUUUGUUAUGGCAUUGUGUAAAUUUCAUAGAAACACGUACAUGUACACAACAGCCAAAGGUCUCAUACAUGGAAAUGAUUAGGAACAGAAAGUGCAUGUAAUGGCAUGCUCUCUCCCUUUCCUUGACAGGUACAUAAAGGCACUGGAUGCCAUUCGAAAGUUUAGAAUGGAACAGGUUGGUCUUAAUGUUCUGCAGCUGUACAUUCACUAGUGUCACUGAAUGGCUUAUACAGGCAAGGGCACCCAUUAAGUAGAAAAACAACUGAUUCUUAGUCUCUGUUUUUUAUCAAUUUCAUGUGUUGAGAUUUUUAAGGUGAAUGUGUGAAUUAAAGAUGGUUGAACACUGCUUGUGGUGUGUAUCUGCCAUUUCUAUAUUUCCCAAGACCUUUAGUGUUAUGCUAGAUUCUUCUGUAUAGUAGGUAUUUGAAGUGGGUAGGGAUUAAAAUGUAGGUACAUCUGUAAGAACAAGUACAUGUAUACCAUAACUUGCACUGCCUGAUACUCUUUUUGAGCUUAACAGAUUACCAUUUGGACUUGAGUGUACACCGUCAACAUUUCAGCAACUUGCCGGUUCUUCAUAUGCUGCUGACUUGCUGUAUGUGCGGCAUGAUUACCAUUACUGCCAGGGAUAUUGUUCCCAUAUGAGAACAAAAGGCACCAGCUACAUUGGCUAUCCCAGUCUUUACCGCUUGCAUGCUUUUAAGGUUGACUGGAGCUUAACUUUUCAGGCAUCUUGGGGCCAACAACAGCCAUCUCUCAUGGCUGUUGUUGGCAAUGAUGCCUGUUCUCCUAUGUCUAAAUAGUGUCCCAGGCAAUAUUGAUAGCUAUGUCACAGGUACAUGUUGGCCAGCAGUGAUUGAAAACUAGGCUUUUAGCUUUGACAAUAGAUAGAAGUUGAAUAGUAACUUACAUGUAUUGAAUGACAUUAAAUUUAUUUUGCAGGUCCAGACUGUUAAGGAGUACUCUAUUGAAUUAAACCAUCUGAGGGCAAACAAAGUGAAGGCAGAAGAAGUACAAAUUCUUAAUUUUGUCGUUAUUCCUCUAAAAAUUUUUUUUAGCAUAAACCUGAGAAUGUUGCAUAACUUAUGUACACAUACAUGUAUGAAAUAAAUUUGAUGAAUAAAUUAAGCCAUCAUUAAUGCAGCUUACAGAUGGGUAAUGGUUGGCCUAAAUAAAUUUGUUUUAGUGCAGAUUGAAUGUACCUACAAAGCAGUGUAAAAUUACUUCCAUACUUUUUGCUAAUAAUGUGCAGUGAGCAGACAUUGAGAAAUUGAAAUAAAACAGAGCUUCUCAAAGCUUGCCUUUUUUACUUUUGUAACCUCUCAGUGGAUACUUUUCACCAGCAUUUUGAGUCCUUGCAAAUCGUGGAAAAUUGCAUCGUGGAAAUAGUAACUUUUUUCUUUGUGGAAUACUGUGCCUGCCAAUCUCUUCGGGUUAGCAUUAAUGGAAAUUUACCUAAGAUGGACUAGAAAUGCUUCCCUCAUGGUUAUUGUAUGCCAAAAUCCUUUCCAGUGUAAUUUAGAUCUUAUGAAUAUACUUCUCAUUUUUUGAUCUUACAUCAUGUAGGUUCAUUGCCUGUACCAGCAUUUGUUGUAUGAUGUAAAGGGCAUGGGUCUAUAAAAAAAUGGUUGCAGUUCAAUAAUAAUUUAUGAUGCCUAAUUUUACUGGAAAUUUUUUUUGGAAUUUUGUCAGAUAGCAGAUGAACUGACGCAAACCCAGGGAAAGGUUGAGGCGACAAAGGAUACAGUAAGGGAACUGAAUGAAAAACUUGAGCCAGUAGAGGUAGGGCUAUCCUGGUGUUAUUUAGUCUGUUGGGUGUUUAUACUUCAAGAAACAUUCUUUCUCUUUGUUGUAUUCAGAACAAGAUUCAUGUAACAUGUCAGCUGUGUCAUGAGCAGGAGAACAAAGAAAGUAGUACAGGAAAGAACAAAUUGGUCAAAUUGGGAAAUUAAUUUUUGGACUGACUGGUCUGACCAGUUAAAGUCGACCACUCUAAAGGUUGUCCCAAAUAUUUGAGUCAGAUGAAAUCAAAAUGGUCCUUUCCAUAUGACUUCCAACUAAAAUUCCUGGAAAUUGUGUUGCAAUGGAAACUUCUCGCAGGGUUGUUGAAAGGUGGUUUUCCCGUUAUAGGAUAUUCCUACAAUGUACUUGCAGUGGGACCCAAAAUUUGUUGAGUACAUUUUGGAUACAAUACAGCAAUAAUAAAUAGGAAUUGUGACUCCUUACUAGGCUGUGUGCUGAGUUGCUGUUCGGUGCAAAAUUGACUUACAUGUACAUGUAUUGUAUUCUGUCAUUUUGUCUUUAUACAGUUAAAGCUGGCUGAACUUGCCAGUAUUGCAGAUGAUGUAAUUAAACUCGAGAACAAAGUUGGUAUGUGUCAUAAAAAAAUAGCCUUAGAUCAGUGUGAAUCUUUUUAUGGCUUCUUAUUUAGGUUAUCAGAUCCUUUGAUAGAACCAAGGUACAUGUAUGCCAAACCUGGUUAUUUUCGUUGGUUUCUUUUCCAGAAUCUUUGUCAACAGAAAAAAGACAGCUCUUCAAAGUAGAGGCUGAUCUCAGGGACAAGAUCACCAAUCUAUUUAAUGGUAUUUACAUUUUAAUCUACCUUGCUUGUUUCAAAUGGUUUGAGAAAACAGGAUAAUAAAAUGGUGUUUCAGGACUCAAACACUAUUUUACUGACACUUGUGGGUAAUGGUUAAUAUUUUAUUUGUAAUAGUUAAUGCUGCUGAAUUAUCAUGGCAGCAGUGGAACUCUGUUCUUUUCUGUUUUGAAUCUCUGUACUGUGUGAUCUUUCUUUCAAACUUAAUGACCGUGAUCAAGGCAAAAAAGGUGGGGGAGGGUGGGGAAGGGGGGGGGGGGGGUAAGUAGUGAUGAUGAGUUUUACACAGAUGCGAGUUGGGGGGGAUGAUGUAAAUAGGGAUAUUGACAUACGUAGGUCUCAUAUCAUUUUUCUUGUCCAGGUUGUAAAUCCAGGAUAGUGGGUGGAAGUUCACAAGAUUUUUUGAGAUUUUAAAAUGUAAAAUAAGCUUUUUUUUGGAAAGGUAAAGGAAGAGUUAGCGGCAAAAAAGGAGGGGGGGGGUGGGGGGGGGGGGGGGGGGUAAGUAGUGAUGAUGAGUUUUACACAGAUGCCAGAUGGAGGUGAUGAUGUAAAUAGGGAUAUUGACAUACGUAGGUCUCAUAUCAUUUUUCUUGUCCAUGUUGUGAAUCCAGGAUCUGUGGAUGAACUUCACAAGAUUUUUUCAGAUUUUCAAAGAAGAGUACAGGAAAAGGAAAACACUUUAAGAAAUGUAAGCACUCUCUUUGACUUGUCCAUACCACUGUUAGCUGCUGCACAUCUUUUUCAAAGACUUUCAAAUCCCAGAUUUUUUGAGUUUUGUGGUUCUCAGGAAAGUUUUUGGCCUAUCAGAACCCAAGGAACACUUUCAUCAACACGAGUCUUCUCCCAGUCUUCUUCAAAACAUUGUACAAGUAAACCCUGCUUGAUUGCAACUUAAACAUAGUUUCUGCGGUGCAAUGCUUGUCAGUAAUGUAUUGCUUUUAGUUUCUCUCAGUGAGUUAAAUUGUUGCUGUUUUGGGUUUGUCUUCAGUUCUAUUUGAAUUCACGAAAAUUAAUUUUGGAUGAAGUGUAGGGGUUUUGCCUCUGAUUUUUAAUGGUUAUGAAGGUAGAAACAAGCGCUUGUUGCGACCUCAGUGAUACAUAAACAAUGUAAUCUUCAUUGCAGAAUAAAGUAAACCUUCAGACAUUAAACAAAGCCCAACAAAAGUUGACUGCUGACCAGAAUCAGCUACUAAUGGCAGGCGGAAAGCUUGAACAGCAGGCUCAGGUAAGAAUAUUAAGGUUGACUAAGACACGAAGCUUUCAUUUGUUUAACAUACACACAGGCUUUGAACAGUAGUUGCUAACAUCCUGAAAAGUAAUAACGAGAGAAUGCUUUCAAAUAGAUGUUUUCAAGGCCUCCACUAGUCUUCUCUGGUGUAAUACCUAUGAACAUUUUGUCCUCUUUAUCCUGUUUACUUGUCUUGGUUUAAUUUUCUUUUUACCAUUAUUUUGGUCACCUAGUGAUGAAAUAGUUUAUUAAUGUCAAUUUAACUUUGAUACCGUGUACUUUCUUGUUUCUUCCAUACAGAGACACAAGCAGAACCUUAAUGACAGAGACAAGGCUGUUACAGAUCUCGCGAAUGAGUUUGACGUGAAAGGUUUGAAUGGUCAAUUCUCUAUUUCUCAACAGUGGCUUGUAUGGAAUGCAGAAGUAAUUUUGUGGGACGCCUUAUUAUUGAGCUUAAAAUUCCUUUUUUUGCACACUAUACGCUUUUGAUAUUUUUUCUUCUAGUAUACAUGACACCUGUUACAAUUAUGGUCUGGUGCUUGUAGUCCCUUAGCAAUGUAGAGGUCGGGCAUGUUCCUCGUUCUUGAAGCUCCAGUAAAUACGGUGACCUGAAAAACACCGUUGCUAAAACUGCACUACAGUACACUUUUCAAGAUCUCUAAAAAUUACUCUCUGAAAUUACCCUAUCUAAGGGUGGCAUUCCCUCUUCUGCACAUGGCAGCGCAGUGUGAGAGGCACCUAUGUGUCCUUAACUUUUCUGGAGAACCUGCGGUUAAAGCGUUCUUGACACCAUUAUUAUUCCAUCUGUCCCAAAUUUAUUUAAUUUAUCAUUUAUUUCUGGAUAACUCUGAUACAGAAUAUGAGAGUAUCUGUUAAUUGUCUUCUGGUCGUUGUAUGCAUUGUUUAGAAAUGUCCUCAGGACAUUUAAUGAUCUGAAUAAUUCUUUCUUUAGGUUUUGAAAGAGGUCCUUUCUCGGAGGAGAGGGUUGACCGAUUUAUGGAAGAAAUGAAGAAGAAAUAUCAAAAUGUCAUCGAUGACACAAAGCGCAAAAGGGUGAGAAUUAUCCUAAGCCAAAAAGGUGAUUGGUGUAGUCUGUAAACUUCGUGCGAGUUUGAUCAACAACUAAAGCUCAAAGCUUGACAGUACUAUGAUUGAUGUAUUUUCUUGUUUUUAUGUUUGUGACCAUUUGUAUUUACAACCUGUAAGAAGUAAUUUUGCAAUGAGUGCCUUUAAUUAUUUUUUUAACAGCAAAUAUUCGAUGAAAAUAUCAACAAAGUGCAGAGAAAAAUCGAUGAUAUGAAGAAGAGUCAAGCACAGUGCGAGGAAACUAUUAGACUCAAGAACAAAAUGAUGGUACUUAGAUAUAUCUAGUGUUAAAAUGCCACUGCGACGAAAAUUUUUUCCGCAUUUUUUCAACACAAAUCUUGGGUUUGUGUACUUAGACUCAGAGUACUUGUACGUAUAUUCAAAAAAAACAUCAAAGCUUUCUUUAAAAAAGUUCAAAGGAAAUUAAUAUUUAAUGAAUGUCCUACUUUGAUAAAAAACGGCUGAGAUUUUAGUGCCGAUUUUCUGGAACAAAAAUGAUAAAUAAAAAUAACAAGUAUAACCCUAAAAACAGUUUUUGUAGCCGUUCAGUGAAGUUAUAUAUGUAGUUCACGUUUUAUGACGUUUAAAACACUCUGCUGAGGCUUGUGUUUUUUAAAUUGAGAAAACACUCAUUAACUUGCGAGGCUUCAGAUUUUUCGCUUUCAUCCAGUGUUUUGCUUAUAACGCUUGUGCGUUAAAAUUUGUUAUCUUGCUUUUAUAGCGUGAAAACCAGCAGAAACUAAGACAGAUUGGCCAAGAUUUGAGCAAUGUUGAUGCUUCAGCAAACAGGCUCAAGUCAUUGGAAGAAGAACUGCAGAGGGCGGUGGGUACACCUCAAGAACAAAUUUCCUACUGUUGCCGUGCAUUAUCUAUACAAAGUUUGUUAAUAUAAUAUGCCGUGUAAUUAUCUUUCUGUGUUUCAAAGUAUAUUUGAAGUAGUCGGAAAAAUAGCUACAAGGAGGAAUCUCGUGAAUGAGGUAGGAGAACCACGAUAACCAAAGGGAAGAAGUUGUUUUGAAGUAUUGUCUACCAAGUCACGUUUCUCAAUCCGCAAACUUGAAACUUACAUCCUUGGUUUUUCUCUUCUUAGCCUGCAACCUGUAGAACGUGCCCGUCGUCUAAUUAGCCCACAGCGGUUUUUUAAGCCUCUGUUAAUCCUCUACUAAUUGCAUGUUUCAUGCAAGAACAGAACAAAUGUGUUUUAAUAUAGAACACAUGGUACAGGCGGUAAUGUUGACAAACUGGUACAUGUACAUGGUAUGAAUGUGUCCCUACACGUUCAAUUAUAUUUUGUCCCUUCUUCAUCAUGAGCAUUAAAAGGAGAUGAAUCCAGGGGGUGAAAAAAUAACCAGACAGUAGGAGUAAAUUGCUUCAUAGCGGUUGAUUUGUUUCUUCAUCCAGGAGAGGGAACUUAAUGCAGCACAAGAGAGUGGCAAUGUUAAUGAAUUAGGAAAAGAGAUCGACAGGCUGCAAUCCGACAAGCGUAAUCUUGACAAUGAGCUACGGCAACUGAGGGAAGAGCAGCAAGCGAUGCACAUGCAGUCCACAACACAAGCUAAACUAGACAUGUUGUCUAAAGAAAAGAGCACAAAAGAAGAUGCAAUCCAAAAAAUGUAGGAAUGUGUGGAACGAUUGAUGUAUAUUUUGUAGUUCAUAUUUAUCUUUGUUUUAGUUUUAUUUUUUGUCUUUGGGUAUGUAAUGUAUUAUAAUGCAUUUGAAACAAAGGAAAAUAAAAUGAAAACUAAGGGCACAAUUGAACUGCAACGAAUAAUAGCACUACUUCAAGCUGUUGCCUAAAUACCGACGAGGCAGUCUUAUUAAGUCCUUAAUUGGCUAAAUACAAUAAGAACUUACUUUGUUACUUUCUUUAUGACUUUCUCAAGUUUGAAGGUUUUUUUAAAAAAUAUUUCCCUAUUUUUUACGUAGCACUCAGCUCCUGUGUCUUCAAAAGUGUUACUCAUUGGCAGUUAACUGCAUAUAACCACAUAUUGAAAGCAAAGUGCUUCUGCUCUUUUUCUCUAGUAUGGACCGCCACGAAGAGGAUCUAAAAUCCAUGCUGGGGACACGAGGCACCUCAGAGAACCUCUACACAAGAUUACAAGAGCUUCUACGAGCGAAGGAAAGAGAACUGAAGGAAACUAGAAACAAUCUGCAGAAACUGAAACAACAGUUGUCUUCAAAGCAAACAAGAAAGCGGAUGAUUGAGUGAGAGUACUUUUAUAUCUUUAUUUCUAUUUUGUUUGCUUUUUAGAUAAUUUUGGUAUAGUCAAUAACAUAACACUUAGGGAACACCUAAGAGCUUUUAAGGAUUCGUUUGGAAGUGGGAAGUGUUUAUCGUUUGAAAAAGGCUUAAACCAGGGUACCAGGUGAAAAGUCUCUCCUCUCAAGGUAGGAACCACUAACAACAAGAGGUCGACUUCGGGGUGUGGUCUCAAAUUAGCGAGAUCGAGGCAAGUGGUGCUCUGCUACACUUGUCCCUCUUGCUUGAAUAACUUAGAUCUCACAAGCCUUCUGUGCCUUUUUUUUCAACAGAGAGAACUUAAAAGACAAAGAGAAUGAAGCGCAACAGCAUAGAAGACAAAUCUCUGAAGCAUGUGGGGAAAAUGACUACAACACCACGAGAGAAAGUAUCCGUGAAAACAUUACUAGUUUGCAGGAGUAAGUGAAUAUAGUGAGAUCCCCGAAACCUUUUUUUAUUUUCAAAAGCGGCGAAAAGGGCGUUAGCCAUUUUGUGCUUUUGUAACAAAUAUAUGCUUUAGCCGGUUUUAUUUUCUGAUUUUGCCUAAGUGAGAACAUUUCGUUUUGCUUGGCCAAAACACUGCCGAUCGAAAAGGGUUUCUGCUUCUCCACAUCCAGCUUUUAGACAAGCUCCCUGUUGAGAGGAGCCCUACCUUGCCCUCCCAGAGCUUACUAGCAGGCAACCUCAUCUCAAGUAUUGUCGCAGUGUGUAAGAAAGAAAGUCAUCAAUUUCUGCGAAGUCUCAACAGAAAAGCGAAGAUAAACCCUAGAAAAAUGAGAGAACAACAACAACAAAUAAAACUUUGGCUGUGAUCCGCUUAUAGAGCGUUUUUACUUGGCAUCACGGAGACCAUUUUCAAUUGGUGUUACAAAACAAUGAAACUGUGGCCAUGCUAGUGUUCCAAACCAAUCCUGUGGGAGUUAACUCUUUUUUGUAUGUAAACGCUUUCUUUUGUUCUAAUUAGUUUGCUUAGAUGCUGGCCACGUGAUUGAAAACGCUCUAUAGACGCGUAACUCGUAACGUAACUCGCGCUGAAACACUUUCUUUGAUUCUAGUGAACGAGGUAUCAUUGGCUCCUUGGAGAAAAUCUACUCCAAGUAUGUGUCCAAACUGGAAAGUGAAGAUGUUCACACCAGCGGCUGUCCUCUGUGUCACCGAACAUUUGAAAGCAACAGACAGAUUGCUGCUCUCGUUGAUGAGGUAAGACUUACAGUGUGAUGGCUUUGGGUUUUUCUUUUUCGCAAGAGCCGUAACUGAAGGUAAUGUGUAGGGACUACUAACCUAUCCCUACAACAGACUUUUCAUUAUCUUCCAUAACUGACUUCUAUUAUUUUUCUUUUUUAGUUGAGGAGAAAAAUUCAAACCCUUCCAGAUAAACGAGUGGCAAAUGAAAGAAGUCUCGUUGAAGAACAAAACCGCUAUGAUCGCAUUCUUGAACUGGCACCCGCUAAAGAAGCUGUAAGUAUUGAAAUUGCUUUAGUUUUUGUUAUCAAGUGGUCGCUAGACAUAUAUUAUUGGUGGCCAGAAAAAGUCAAGGACACUAUUACAAGUACAGUGGAAUUCGACAUCUCAAGGCUUCAAUGCAAAACAACCAGGGUAGAAAAGACGAAUGAUAACGAAAAUGGAGCAUAAAUUAUAUUUCAUGCGAAUGUUUAUUUCACUUUAGCCGUAGAAAGAACAUAAACACAACUGAUAAAAACACUACGGCUUGGUACAUGACUUCUUACAACAUGUCGCCAAAUUAGCAACUUUCCUUGUCAUAUUGGUGGCCAAAAUGUUUUUCCAUUGGCUGAUAAGCUGGUACAUGGCGUGAAUACAUCAAUUUUCUUCUCCUAGCUUGAGUCCUUGGAAAGCAACCACAUUCCUGAUAUCAGGUCCAAACUGGAAGAAAUGGACAACGAGGUGCGAAGGAUCGAGGAGGAGAUCACUGAGGUGCGUCAUGCCAUCAGUCAUUCCAUUUGUUGUAAAUGUAGAACGAGGUGUAAAAAGGUAUCAAGAUCUCCUCGACUCUGAGAUUUCUGGAAACUCGCUUUAAGUAAUAGGAGCUAGCCUUGUUCAAACUGACACCUUCAGGACAACUGACUCGGAGGAACCCCUAGACAUGUUGUCGUAACUUGGGACCAAAACCAAACCAAACAAACGUUAUUAAGAGAGGAUGACCACUGACAGUUCCGAUAACUGAUAAACCUAUGGCCCGCUAAUUGUCUCCAACUAACUGGAGACACUUUUUAGAUGGAAUUGGAAUUUGGAAGUGUUGGUUUCUAAAACUAGAGUACCUGGAGCACAGAAGAGAGUGAACACAGAAGGGAACGGACAAAAAACAGAACCCACAUAUGAGGCGUCGACUCCGGGGCUCAAAUGCGAAACACAUUGGUGGGAAGCUAUUUCCUUUACUACUGUCCCAUCCCUGCUAAGAGCCGUUUAGUAUCGCUUCCAUGCUAAUAAUCAUGAUAGAUCCUUUCGAAAAGUCUUGUCUUGUCUAUGUUACCGUAAAAUUCCGAAAAUAAGCCCCUCCUUGUAUAAGCCCCUCCAAAUAUAAGCCCCACAAACUCGUAACGCAUAAAACCCCCCGUUACAUCGCCCCUCCGAAUAUAAGCCCCCUCGGGGGCUUGUACUUGAAAAUUGCCCUCAAAUACAAAGUAAAACAAAGCCAAAACAGUAAAUUUCCUUCCAACUAUAAGGCUAGCCCAAUCGAUUUUGAAACACAAAUUUCCCUCCGUAGAUAAGCCCUGCCGAAUAUAAGCCCAUCCAAAAUAAGCCCCUCAAAGAGAGCCUUUGAAACAUAUAAGCCCUGGAGCUUGUUUUCGGAAUUUUACGGUAUUUGCUUCACUUAUAUACUGCAUUUGCUUGGCUUUAGCGUGAAGAUGUUCAGAGUAUCACCGAAAGCGAGGAGCAGAGUGCUCGACAAAUGGAACCUGACAUCCGCAUGUUGGACAAAUACAAGUCAGAGCUCAAGGACAUGGACAGGAAUAUAUCCCUACUGCAGUCCAAACUUCAUGGAGUCGGUGAGCAUGUCCACCUACCCCUCCCCUAAGCCAACAUUACCACUUACUUCUCACGUAGAACAAAAUGUUGGCUUAGGGGAGGGGUAGGUGGGCAGUUUCCCAGAAACGUAUAGUGAUCCCAAAGGGCCUUGGGUAAACGCGUUAUUAAGCAUCAGAAUGAUGGAUUGUGGGUAUCUAGCGUUCUCAAGGGCUAAUUUUAGUGCUUAGCAUUUAGAGGGAGCUCCGCGUUUAGGCUUGGCAGUCCGAACUUCAAGAGUCGGUGAGCCGUUGAAAACUUUGACGAAUUACAACAAAGGGCCUUGGAUAAAAGCGCUGUAAAGCAUCAGAGUGAUCGAUUGUGGUUAUCUGGCGUUCUCAAGGGUUAAUUUUAGUGCUUAGCAUUGAGAAGGAGCUCUGCGUUUAGGCUUGGGAAGAUUUAUGUACAUUAUAUGGAGUCAUAAAGACCUUACAGCUGCUGUAAAAGUUAAAGUCAAUUUCCAGAGGCAUAAUCAGUAAUUCCUUUUACUGGUGAAGUUGUGAGGCUAAGUAGAGCACUUACAAUAUAUACCAGAAUAUUUUUCACAUUGUUUAUUUUUUAGGUUGUGUGUCCUUUGUCGUCAUGUACCUGCUAGUGCGGUUUAUUGUUAAGAUAUCGAAGCGCCUUUUUUUUUUCUUUUUAAAGCUUCUGGUCGUACCAUGCAGUCAGUUUCCAACGACAUCUCGGAGAGACAAGAUCGAUCGUAAGUCUGACGUAAACCGUCAACAAUCGAACAUAAGUUUGUCUUUAGGUUAACGUACAAGUAGUUGAUUGCAAUCACUUUUUCAUGCAAAAACUGCAUUUAAAAUCUCAGGCAUCCUGAUAACACCCCUUUUCAUGUUGGGAGCAUUCAAAUCAGCACUGUCUAUUGGUAAUCAACUUUUACGCGUGUGGUUUAGAAUGUAACAUAUAUUUUUGAGGCAUGUGAACUAUUUGAGGUGAGGUUGAAACGAUAAGAAAAAUAGGCUGGUUGUGAGUGCAUAAUAAAUUAAUUUACUUAUUUAUUUCAAGAUUUCCACAACGGCAAGUGACAAAACAAUAGGACACUUGGUCUCCUUUUAAGUAUUUAUUACCAUAACAGUCCCUUCCCCCGAGGAAACAUAGACCUGCCACACUGCCGUUCGUUGUCUACGUCCCCUCGUCUUUUUCGAACAGCAGUGUGGGUUUCUUUGGGUUCUUAGCCAGCGUGAUCUAUCACUGAGAUUUUUUGUUACCCUGGUUUGCGGUCCCUCACGCUUAGCUGUCGCUCUUUCAACUGGGCAGUGAAACGGAGGGGAUAGGGGGUGGGUUAGGUCAGAUGCAAUUCGAAACUUUUUGGUAAAUAGUCUGCCUUUAUGGGCUACUAAAUUUUGAGUGCUUUUGAUUUGUUCUCAUUACAGAGAUACCCUAAAUAACAAUAUUGACAGGAAACGAACUCAGCUGAGUCAACUCCAAAGGCAGCUCAGUGACCUGGGGACGACUGCACAUGAACUGAAGUCACAGAAGGUUGGCUCAUUUCUUCAUUUCUCAUAUGCUCUUUUUUUUUGCGUUGUCAUAGUAACCAUUGAUUGGCACUCGACAGAUGAUGACAGAUCAUCACUACUGGGAAUUAUAUUUUUUAUCCUUUUUAUUUUAGGUAACGUUUGCAGCCAAAAUAAUAUUGGCGUGUGAAUGUACAUUCCGACAGUAAACGAGCAAUAAUUGAUAUGAAAUUAACCUAACGGUGUCGUACGUGUUAAUACUUUUCUGUCGGAUCUCUGGUAAAGCAUCUCUGUGGAAACUCGGACGUGUUUAAAAAAUGAAUUUAAUAAAACUUCGUUAACGACACGAAACACCCCAUCGUCGAAUUGUGAUAUCGUUCUAAACGUUUGGUCUCUUUCGAAUCACAUGUUUGGGCAAUACCAUUCUGAGACUCUCCAUUUGUCAUUUACAUUUCUUUAAUAGUGCGGUGCAUGAAUUUCUUAGAAUUUUAAUUUAACACAGUGGCAAAGACUACAUCCGAAAUUUGCUUUUUCGGGUCAAAACUUCUAAUUAACUGCGAUGAAACUAUCAUUCAGAAUAUAAAAUAUAUUAACACUACUAUCAGUAAUUUAGGAAAGAUAUAAAGAGAAACGCCUUUGAGUAUAUUGUCUACUUUCUUCCGCUGAAAUCUUAAUCUAUAUAGAGAGAGAACGGCAAAAUUUUCAGUUAUAUUCGUGUGCCAAACUGCCAAGAUUCGUUGUUGUUGAGUUCUUGGUACAUAAGACUUUGCACGAUAAUAGCAUAGAUAAGGUCCGACAUAGCUGUCUUGUAUUUCUAAGAUCUGGGAAGAUAACAGCAGUUGAUAAUUACGGUGGAAAAAAAGCCACUUGAACCAGAGCAAUUGACUGGACACAGGAAACACGAAUGAAGUGCAUUUUGUACAAGUUGUGAUGGCUACUAUAAAUUUAGCAUUCUCUACAAGUACAUGAAAUUCAUCAUUUCAGUUUGUUCAUGUACACUUAGAAAGGACGGUUAUCGGCAAUUUUGAAAACGUCGAUUUAUAUUUUUUCUAGAGUAGAUACUAGGUUGUUUUCUAUCAGGGGGCUCUCUGUCAUGUCAAAGAUAACAAUAAGGAGCAACUAAUGUAGAUUAUGCUGGUUGGACGUUGUAAAUAAUUAAGGUCAACGUUUCGAAAAUUGGCGACCUAUUUCCCGGCAUGUAAUUCAAAUUUCGUAGUGAAACACGAAUGGCAAUAAACGCCAGAAACGCACCGUGCGCUGUCCUUCAGCUAUUUUAGGUCUAGCUUCACUUCAUUAUCAUUUAAUCAACAGAAGCGAUGACUCGACUCACUUAUUGUUAAUAAUUAAUGACAUGAUAAGGUAAAUUGUCUUGCCUUCAGCGAAGUAGUUUGUGAAUUGGCCCCAUCAAUUUAGGAUUAUAUCACUUGACUAGAUGUUAAAUUAUCAACUGAAAUAAAAUUGUAGUUUACUAAACUAAAACGCGCCUGUUAAUAUUAAGAUGUUCUUGUAAUGAGAAGAUGAAUUCUUAAAGCGUUUCCGUUCAAUUCGUGAUCAUAAAUUAUGACAUAUAUUGCUUCUUUAAAAUGACAUUGGCGUUUUCUGACAACAAGACCUAUCUGGAAGAGAUGACUCUGCAAAUAAUCAGAUGUUCUUGUCACGAAAAGGUGAAUUUCUUAGCGCGGUUCCGUUCAAUUCGUGAACUUAAUUUAUGAUAUAUCUUGCUGCUGCAAAAUGACAUUGGCGUGUUCUGACAAAAAGAGACCUAUCUAGAAGACAUGAAUUUGCAAAUAAUGUGAUAUCGCAUAGACAUGUCCACGGCAUACAGCACGCAUGGAGUUAAGCUGCCGUGUGUUUAGCUUAUUAUCAUUCAAACAAACUUAAGCUAAAGUUAGGGUCGUGGGGGAGCUGCAUUGACAAAACACCUGCAUCUUCAACUUCCUGCUUUCACGGAGGCUUGUCAUGAAUACCACAAAGUACAUGCUGUUGUGCACGAGUUGACCGGUAAAUCUCAGGAGAGGUUUAGUUGUUACGUCCAUCUAAACGUGUUUUCUGCAGUAAAAUUACAACCACGGUGAAUAUUACUGCAGACGGACCUAAGUCGAGUUCCUUUGUACAUUUAUUUUGUUCUCCGGCAGAAUUAACUGGCGUCCUGGUCGAGUUAAUUUUCCUUAUAACGCUGAACAUUGUUUUAUCCAUCACCACAAUUUUGGGAAAUACUCUGAUUCUUAUUGCCCUCCAGAAGGAGUCAUCACUUUAUCCGCCCAUCAAACUCCUGUUUCGCUGUCUAGCAACAACCGAUCUCCUCGCCGGCCUUAUUGCAGAACCCCUCUUCGUUGUUAAUUUGACAUUCGUGUUGAACGAACGCUGGACCAGUUGUCGCUACACAUCUAUGGCAAGCUUCCUCGUAGGAUAUAUCUUGGCUUCAGUGUCUUUAUUAACAGUAACUGCUAUCAGCGUAGAGAGGCUUCUCGCUCUGUUAUUGGGUCCAAGGUACAGACACUUUGUCACAUGGCGGCGUACUUGUGUAAGUGCGACCCUACUCUGGGUUGUCGCCAUUGUUGGUACCGCAAUGUUCUUUUGGAAUCAUCGUAUUACUUUGUGGUAUGGGUAUAUAGGCAUAUCUUUGUGUCUUUUUACCUCGGUUGCAUCCUACUCAAAGAUUUUCCUCGCUCUUCGCCAUCAUCAAAAUCACGUGCAAAGUCAUGUUCCUCACGACCGCCCAAACCAGACGGGUACGCUGAAUAUCGCGCGGUUCAAAAAAGCAGUGUCCAGUGCAGUAUGGGUGCAGUUGACUUUAGUCGUCUGUUAUCUGCCGUACGUUAUUGCAGAUGCUCUGAUUGCUGAUAAGAAAUCAUCUUCAUUCGCUUACGUUGUUAAGGAAUCAACAGUGACUUUAGUUUUCUUGAGUUCGUCUCUGAAUCCGAUUCUUUAUUGCUGGAAGAUCAAAGAAGUGAGACAAGCAGUCAAAGACACAAUCAGACAACUUUAUUCUUUUUAGCUUCUUAAUCCUUUCAAUCCCAAAAGUCACCAAAGUCAAAAUGCGACAAAAUUUCCAAAUCUCAUUUUGUAAAUGCUGAUAAAUUAAUGGAACCAGAUGAAAGUGCUCGCAAAGAGAUUCAAUUUGAAUGGUCACACUUCAGCAUUUUGACCACCGACUCAAAAGUUAGAAGCACUUUUCAGGACUCCAUCUUUCCCUUUGGGAGGAAAAGAGUUAAAUGUCGUCCGGGUUUACAUCAUAAAAAAAUCUUUCAUGUUAUUUCAAAAUAGGUCGCCUUUGUCGAUCCGCGCGAAGCGAUCUCUGUUUUAAGGAAGAGUAUUAAUUACUCCGACUCUGCACGCAUCAGUCUCUUAAGAUCUUUGAUAGCGUGAGAUCUGCCAUCAUUGUCAGAACGACUGUUAUUGGUUUGGAGGUUCUAGCCAAACACUUUAGUGCAAUCCUAAGACAGAAUAGGUUAUCGCUUUAACUUGAGUAGACGGCUAAUAAAAAAACAGCUUUAUACAAAACCUCUCGCCACGAUGUUGUUUUUCUCUGAAAAUUAUGGUUUGAUGGCCUUUUUAGCCUGUUGGUGUUUUAAGAAUGAGCUGCUGAGUUCAGACAUUGAUUUCUGUUUUUGUCACUUUCCAAGUGGAUGAAUUGAAAACUUCAAGAGAAUACAACAGUAGAUUUCAUUGGCAAUUCGCAUGCUACAAUUUUGUAACGAGCGCAAUUUACUAUCAUUUUUAUUGUUUACUUCAAAUUCAAUAUUUUCAUCGAGUGAAAAUAAAUACUGUGGUUAAAAAUUUUAAGUGACUUGUUUUAAAUGUAAGAAGGGAAAGUGGGUGAGAACGCGGGAUUUUUUUUUUGAUAUAAUUGUUGGAACCAUAUGCAUAGAUGUACCCGGCCAAGUGGGUGUGCAACUUUCCUUGUGCGGUUUUACAGUUCAUGUUGUUAGGUAAAAGAAUCAGCUGUUUCAUCGUCAGGGUCAGGGUUAGGAACCUCUUAGUUCUUUUUUGUUUUGGCUGCAAUGGUUUUGCCCAUAAAUGUUGAUCAUUUUGAGGUUGCGCCUCAGACUGAGUCUGUGGUGUAUGUGUCGAAUUGUAUUACGGGAUUGUCUUGAGGGUCUAUGGCUUCUACUAUUGGCUAUUAUGAGGUUUAAAUUUGUUCCCCAAAACAGUCCCAUAAUGCACUAAUUCAAGAGACCAACAACCAAGUUUUAAGUGCAACCUCAAAACGGUCAAUUCUAUCCCAAAUUCCUACCCGUGGGUCUUCGGGAAUGGCUACUAGAGAGAUUAGAUUCGAAGACGAGAUUUGAAUCAAAAGUUAACACGGUUAUUUUUAUUGAUAGAGGUUAAGCACUCUCCCGAUCGCAAAAUGAUAAUACUUCUGACAUUUGGUAACUUUUUUCCGUUACCUGGACAUUUGCCCUAAAACCUGUAGCAGAAUGACGCCGGUUAUCACGUUUUCACGUCAAAAUGACGUUGGUUUACGCACUCACACUAUUAAGUAUAAAGAAAAUAAUGUUCUCGUUGUCGUCUUUGUCUUAGAUUCUAAAGUUUUCUACUACCAAACAUCGCACACUACCUCUGAGCGCAACUACGUAAAUUUUUGUUUCUACUUAGCUACGUUUGACAGCGCAGCUCCAGACAAGAACGCGUUUGGAACAGCAGAAAGCUGAACUAACCGCAAAUAACAGUGCUUUCACAAGAGAGAUUAAGGUGAGUAGGAGUGUUAAAGUUUUUGUAGCUUUAAUUUGGUUUAGUCUACGGCGUACAGUACUACUGAAUUAGUUGAAAUAGAUCGUCACGCGAGCGUGGCCAAAGAUUUUUGUUUACUUCUGCCCGGAGCUUUUAUUCAGUAAAUAAACCCACGAUAGUGAACAAUACAAAUUUACUUAGUGCACUUUCCUGCAACGUUUAUCACUCAAUUCCUGGUUGUCAUCAGUUCCCCAUUAGCUUUAUACUAGCAAAGCAAAGUCUCCUCUGAUCAUGUUAUCUUGUGCUAACGUAUUGUAGUCUUCAUAGUUAGAAGAUGGGGGUACAAGAUUAGAAAUUUUGCCUCGUAAAACAAAACAAACAUACAAGAAAGCAAACGUUACUAAAAGCGGGAAACACUUGACUGUCAGUUCUUCAACCAAUGAAUUUGUGAUGCUGUAGGCUUUAAGUGCCGCAAAUGAUGGAGACAGGUUUUAGAUCUAAUUGGAAUUUGGAAUUGUUGGUUUAUUAAGUAAUCUUUCAAAAGAUCGAGGGCUUGGCCCUUUUCUUACUACCUCUUAGGCUCAAAUGCUUACAUACAAGCAUGUUAUAUCAACUAAUCUAGGUUUUCCAAAUUGAAAAUCUAUCUUAUGCCAUAGUCUCAAUACAAGUCCCAUUCUAAAACAAAUUGUACUUUUCUUUUUGCCUCGCACAGGAAGCAGAAGCGGAGCUUGGUCCUAUCGCGGUAUGUACUAUCUUUUUGGUUUAUCAGUUUAGACCUUGUUGCAUACGAAAAUGUCAAGCGGAAACUCCUAAGCAAUGGCGUUGUAAAAAAGUGUUAGCAAGUAUUGGCGCGUGUAACAACAGUCGAAACUUGAUUCGAGAAAUGCUAUUCCAACUGGUGUGGUCAGCUUAGCUCAACGAAACUACAAGUUUAUACCAGAAGUAUUACAUUGCAGCAGCGCUGCGACUAUUUUAGCAAUAGAGGGUGGACUAUUUUCUUGGUGAAACUGUCUGGUAACGAAAAUUUGAAAACGCUCCCACUGAACUUGUCAUGUUACACGGAACAAUUCUUGCUAGCACUUGUUUCAAAGCCACUGAAGAUACCUUGCUAAUGAGUUGUUCCGCAAAUAGUACGGAUUAAUAUUUGUAGUGCCCAAGGGAUUCAGUGUUGACUGAUUUUUUUUUAUCUAGGAAAAACUUGAAGAACUCCAAACUGAAAAAGGAGACGUUGUUAGUCAAAAAGAGGCUUCCGAUGAUGAGAACCGUAAAGUGGUUAGUGUAAACGUUCUGCGUAUUUAAUGUUCAACGUUCUUGAUCUAUUUGAUUAUGAAUGGAUAACUACAAUCCUGGAGAAAAGCCCUUGGGAGAGUAAAAGCACAUCAGCAGUUCUAAGUAAAUACCCAAGUAACGUUCGGAAAAACAGUACUGCCCUUUUUUAAAAUGGUGAACCCCUCCCCCUUCGGCCCCACCCAAUAGAAUGUUGAAAGACCAAAGAAAUUGUGGCUUGACGGUUUCAACACUGUCCAUGGGGUGGAAGGGGGAGGGGUUGGGAGGUGCAUUGGUAGUUGAGCUCGAAUGUAUAUUUAGUGCGUGUUGAAAAGCGCUAGAACUGUACAACUGCCGCAAGACUUUUGUCCAUGAUUGAAGGCAUUGUUUGAUUUGCUUUUAAUUACAGGUUUUGUCUUUUGGUUAUCGCAUUGCGAUCAGCUUAAUUUGUUUUGGUGGAAACAUAAAAAAAAAAAUAAACAAAUACCAUCAAGUCUAUCAGUCAAACAGUCAAUCAACAAUGUCGUAGCCAGACGUAUGGCGUAGACAAGGCAAGACCUGCUAUUGCUGACCUGAGGCGAUAAAUGGUAAGGGGGCAAGCCUCCCAGAAAAUUUGCCAAGCUAAAAGCUCAGAAACGCUAUUUUCAGCAUUUCUCUAGAAACACUUAUCUCGCACAAACUGAGGAUUCUUUUCGCUGUUGACAGUCGUAUUGAAAAUUAGGCCAACAUACUUCGUGAUCUUGCAAACUUUUCAAAUUUUUACAUGUGAAAUUUUUAAAAAUCACAUUUCUGCUAAUGAACUUUGUGCGCUUUAAAUAGUUUUUCACGGGACUGAAAUGGUUUUGAGAGUUUUGAGAAAUGCUUGCCAGGUCAAUCAACCAAUCAAUCAACCCGUUAUGUGUUUGUUUUUUAACAGCUCAACGAAAUUAAAACAAGAGGAGACAAAGUGCGAGAAAGAAACGCAGAAAUCAAACGGUAUGAUAGAAGAAUAUACCCAUUACGUAAGGAAUCUUUCUUCAAUCAACAGAAGCGGUGUUAUUUGCCCUCAGUUUGAAGAUAGUGUUUUAUUAUAUACAUACUGAGAAAUACUCACCAAAAAGCUAUGUCGUAAAUUUUCGUACGCAAAUUAGUUCUAGCCAAUCAGAGGAGCGAACGAUGGUUUACACACGUGAAAAAAAUGAUACGUCCAUUCAGAAUCGCGAACGAUGUUUUUUCACGUGUGAGAAAAAUGAUACGUCCAAUCAGAAGCCACAGAGGUGUGUGAGUUUCGCGUCAAAAUUCCCGCCUUUUCACGGCUGUGCUCUAAGGAAAAUUGAAGGGAGCCCAGUGCUCUGAAACAUUAUAAUCUAGGGUGCCCAGCAUAUGAUUUGCAUGAAAAAUUUGAGAUUUUCUAGUCGCCCGAGGGCAAAAGUUAGGUGCCAGGGGCCACCGGGCUCUGCUAGAGCACAGCCCUGCUUUUAUUGCAGCUUGCAGCGCAGCUUCGCACACAUUCAACGAGAAAAGUUUUACUCAAAGAGUUUUUCUCGCUAAAAAAGAGAAAAACAUUUUGGAAAUGGAGUGGAAUAGUUUCGUUUGUUUCACUGUCGAUAAAGAAAACGGUAGAGAGCCGGCGAAACAACAGCGGAAAGGGAUGUUAGCUUUUGUUGUGCUUUUUGUCGGAGCUACUUUGCCUUUCAUUUAAGCUUAAGCUUAUAUUGAAACCGCCCUGUUUACUUAAAUUCACUCAUUUUUUAUUCUGCAUUGAGAACAAACAGUUAAGGUUGCUUAUAGUUCUUGGAUUACUUCAUAUCCUCACCUUCAUUUAUGUUUUUAACAAACGUUUUUACUAAAAAGCUGAUACUUCGUUUUCGUUGUCAUUUUGCGGUAAGUGUGUAGCGGCAAAUUUUAACAUUUUUGAAAGAUUUAAAAUAAAAAGGGCGCCAAAAUGAUGAAUGUCUCAGUAUGUAUGUAAUAAACACAAUACCACAUGGAAAGUGCUUUGUAUGGUAUUUACGCACUCGUUGUUUUUGUAUCAGAAAUCUUACUCGUUCGCUGCGCUCACUCUUUCGAUUACUGAGACGUCAACAACUAGUGCGUAAAUAUCGUACACCAGCACUUUCCAUGAAGUAUUCUCUAUAUACGUGUUUCUACACCUUACGAUGCACAACGUUCAAAAGCAUUCCUAGUAACAUUUUGAUCGUAUUUCCCCACGAAUUCUGUCGCUGUCUGCUCUGGCAAUAGCAGAAGAAGUGGUCAAUGUUUCGCCUAUAAUUACCUUUGACUUUUUCUGUUCCUGCAAUCAUGGCUAAAUCGUACGAGAGAGUUAUUUGUGUCCAAUUAUAUGACUACAUUUGAUAACACUUCUCAUUGAAUCUGUCUGGCUUCCUCAAAGGGCACUCAUGCUGUUCUGCGCUUUUUAAGAUGACCGAAGACUGACUUAAUUAGUAAUAUAUUACAAGACAAAAGAAAUACAUGAGAUUAAGAUAUAAAUACUAAACGAAAAAAUUGCUACAUAAUUUAAAAAUUAUGAUCUAGAAAAGGAGUAAAAAUUCUAUCCCUAAACUGACCUAAUAUAAUUUGGUUAUGUACAGCACUCUUUAAAAUAUUUACAGAAGUUGUCACAGAGAAUGUGCGACCACCCUCUUUCGCUCUAUUUUAUGUUCUGGGCAAUAUGUUAUACAUCAUUAGACUGCGAGCAGUUUUUUACUUUUUGCAAAGUUACUCCACGAGUAACCUGUGAACGCGAAUCACCGAUCUGCUUCUCAAAAUAUUUAAAAACAAGUAAGACAAGUUAAAUGUUUUGCUGAAGAAAUUUCGCCAUAACAUAAUGGUGCGUAUAGUGUUUUUCCCUUAAAGUUAUCAAUUAAGCAUUUCAUGCACAAAUUACAACUCUUGCGCUUCUCUGUGAUCUAUUUUAUUUCGACUCCAUCUUUGACUUAAAUCUCGUCACUGAAUAUCAGAGUUUAGCCGUAGAUUUCAUGUUGUGUUUACUCUUCCUCAUCCUGUCGGAAUUCCAUGUUUGUUUUCAUCGUUUUUUUAAUUCGUCGUUUUUUAUUCUCACCUGCUCCGUGAAUUCGUCCCUUUCAGAAAAUCUGACGCGAGGAAUUCGUUCUCGUUAUUGUUUCAAAGAUUCAAUUUCUUCGUCACCCGGUUGAUAUUUUGUCGUUUUGGUCGUCUUGUCCUCGACAAAUGUUCCCAUUUGAACGGUUGAUGUCACCCCCACAGAAUUACUUCUCGACUUGGUUUGUAUAACCGUUCCGAAAAUUAAGACCGAUAUGAUGUACUCGCAAGCUCUCAUCAAGAAAGUCAACGUAUAACGUGUCCACAUGGUCUUGCUGUUGAUUUCCAAUUCUACUAAGAUGCCGUAAUCACUAGCCGCCAUGCAAAUGCUCAGUAUGAGCGAAACGGCAGAAAUAAUGGGAGAUAAAAAGACGAGAAUGAUAAUGUUCUUUAACCUCCCUCCCCUUAUAGAGUGGCCUAGCUGUCGCGAUGAUUUUAAGUUUCUCCACAUUCUGUAACCCGCUAAUGUGUAACCAGCACAAAUUAGUAUCCCCCAGAUGAAGAUAGCCACGUACGAAGCAAAGUACCAGAAUGCUCGGUCUGAAUAUAAGACCAGCAGAUUAAAUGUCAGCAUAAUUGAAGAUAAAAAAGCAGUUAUACCUAGCAACACCCAGAUGUUUUGAAGCCAUGGAGCGGCAAGUGAAGUUUUAGUCGUUUCUAAUAGUAUGAGAAGUAAGAUGCUAAACGCGGACAAAGUCAGUGCCAUUGAGAAACAGUCCAUAAGAAGCGAUGCUAUGAAUGUACCAAUCGAUGCAUUGUUCAUCGAUAUUGGGCUCCAAACUAGUGCGACUGUCUUAAGAGUCGCGGCUAGAAAUAAAAUGGCUGUAGUGAAUCGACCGUGGAUGUUCCUUUUGUUGGGUUUAGGCCUUAUGCAUUGCUGAACAACCACUAGAAGACAACUCAGAGCAAGGACACCGAACAACGCAGCGAAUAUGUAAGUGUAACACUCCCAAGCCCAGUGAUCGAGGAAUUUUUGAAGACUUUCUGUUAAGGGAGAUGUAGUUGAUGACUUUUCGUCCUGUAGCAUUGUAAAACGCUCUCAAUUUAUUCGACCUUCUUUGAUCUCUCACCUUUCUAACUGCCGUAUUUACCGAAGUGUCUGUUUUCGCCGCUUUUUUGCAUGCAGAUGUAUUGCUUGUGACGAUUGUUUUAGUGUCAUAUAUAAUUGAGUUUGUUUUGUUUCUAGCGCCGGAACCUUUUGUCUAGCUUGUCGUUAUUAAUCUGGUCGUGGGAAAGAUAAUUACUAAAAAAGUCCUUCCUUUAAAAGUCUUGUUUGAUAACUUCCAGCAGUCUUGUCGUGUUUGUGAGUCUUAAAACGUCAAAAACGUGAAAAGAAUCUAGGUCAAAUCUACUUUUUCAGGGUCCUAACAGACCUGGGGUCUUAAGUUAAUUACACAGAUUCGAUGAUUACAUUUAUAUUCGUUUGUUUCACCCGCCGUUUAAAUGUAACAGUUUUAAGUCCAAUUUUAUAUCACCUAGCCUGCGUCUUAGACAGCCUAAAUCCUAGCCUGUGAACAGUGAUAUAUAGUCUUCGAGUUCUCUAUCUACGCAAGCCUCGAGUGAUAAGCCCGACUGCAACUUAGGCUGUCAUAACAACGGUCUUUUGCAGCUGCUGAAUAGACAGUUCACUCGGUUUAUUUUUUUGUUUUUUAUUUGUUCUUCCCAAAACUGCAAAAUGAAAACGGAAACAACAAAGCUGUAUAUUAAGUAAAGCAGUCUGUUUUUCUGUAAAUUUGCAACAUUGAUCAGCCAAGACCGUUCACGACUGACAACUUCAGCUGUCCAAUCAAUCACCGCGACCAGCUUGUUUGCUUGAUUUUGUUUUUGUUUUGAUAAAAAAAAAACAUCUAAUUUAUGAAUCAGUCAAGUACAAAAUGAAUUUCUACAGAGUCUUUUCAGUCCCGUGGCCAGCAUCUAUGCAAAUUUAUCGGAACAAAAGAAGGCGUUUACAUACAAAAAUAGAGUUCAACUCCUACAUGAUUGGUUAGGAACACUAACAUGGCCGCCGUAUCCUUGUUUUGAGACACCAAUAAGGCCGCCGUGACGUCAUGUGAAGACGGACGCUGUAUUGGUACUAUAUUCAGGACUGGUAAAUGCUGUGGCACAUUUUUGUUUGAAAUACUACAGUAUUUCCUUUUUUUGGGCCUUACAUUGAGGAGUCUUGAUAUAUUUGGUCAAAUUUGAGAAGCACUCUGGUACGCUAAUCUAUACCUCAUCGUCUGCCUUUGUUCUGUCUACGGUGAACGUCCCCAGCUGAAGCGCCGGUUCUUCUUUCAGCGGACAACUUCGGGAUUUCUUUCCAAUGGCGAUACCAAAGAUUAAAACCAUGAUGGCAAAAUCGCAUAAUUUUCGAAGAAACUUUAUAGCAUACCUUGACCUAAUUGUCUUUUCAGCGAUUUCUAAGCCCUUUAAUAUCCCGUAACUGUUAGCAGCAAGGCAGAGAUUCAGUAUUAACGAUGCUGUGGUUAUUAAAGGUGCUAAAAGCACCAACUGGAUGAUCUUUUGCAAUCUUCUUUCUCUCGUACAGCGAACUAGUUGUCGCGAGGAUUUUAAGUUUCUCCACAUUCUUCUCCCUGCCACUGUGUAUCCUACACAAAUUAUCAAUCCCCAGAUGAAGAGGUGUAUGUACGAAAAAAAUCGCCAAAAUUUUCUGUUGUUCAACAAGACCAGCAAGUUGAAUGUGAGCAUAAUUGCUGUUAAAAGGGCCGUUAUGCCAAGCAAGGCCCAGAUGUUUUGAAGCUUUGGGGCGGCAAGCGAUGUCUUUGUCGUUUCUAGCAGUAUGAGAAGCAGUAUGCUUAAUGCAGACAGCAUCAAGGCCGUGGAUAGGCAGUCUACGAGUAGAGAUACUACGAAUAUUUCAUUUGGAGCAUCAUCAAUUACUUUCGGGCUCCAGAGUAAAGCGACGACUUUCAUCGUUGCAGCAAUAAACAACUGGAAAGUUGUGAAACGAACGUAAAUACCGUGGCUAUGUGAAGCCUGUGUCCAUUGUCUAAUAAGGACAACUAAACAGCUCAAGGCGAAAACUCCGAACAAAGCGACGAAUAAGUAAAUGUAGAAGUCCCAAGACCAAUGAUCGAAGAAUUUGCCAGAACGUGACGGUGUAUGAUGUAUGGUUGUUGAAAGAGCCCUGGUAGUCGAUUGCGCGCUGCUAUUUGAGUUAUCCAAUUUCUCCAUGCUGCAGUUUAAACACGAGGGUAUUGAGAUUGGACCAUUUCAAAUACCGAAUUUGUUAAAAAAUUAAUGUGCUUUACUUGGCUGUUGAUCAUCAAUUAUAAAACCUGCAUAUUAAUGCGUUAUUCUCGUGUUUGUUAAAUAUAAACCUUAACGAGCAAUGUUUAUAUUAGAAAGGGUUGCUUUGAAGUUAAAACAAACGAGUUCCAUUGAAUGGUGUAAUUUUAAUUUACCAAGCAGACAAGUCAAGGGAAUGAAAAUUUAAGACGUUACUCGGAAACGCGCUGAAUCCUUCCAACCAUCGCUACAUGGUUAAAAUCGUCCAUGGUCACCUGCAUGGUACAUUUAAGAAACCAAUAGAGGCUUUCUUUGUCAGUUAUGAAUGUCACUAAAUAAUGAUUAAUUUUUAUUCAAAUCACGUAUUCCAGCGAAAAGAAAAUAACGCAAAUGGCCUUUUAAUUAUUAAUACGCUUCUUCCUAGCUGCUAUUAAAUUUCUAUUCAACAGCAACAUGGGUUAAUUUGAACAGUCGUUUCAGCUGCCAAUUUAAACUCUAAAAUUUCCGGUUAUAACUGAUCUUCCUAAAAGCUGUUACGACGUUUAAUAUUUCUCAAUCGCUUCAGUGGACAAUUUUGAUAUAAAAUACCGAUUUUUAAUAACCUGCUCUUUCAUCACUAUUUGAUAUUCAUUCAGAAAAAAAACGCAUAAUUAUUUUAUUUGUUAUUUCAUUUGUUAAAUUUUAUAAUCUUUACCAUAACCAAUUUUUUUUUGCUUUUGUAUGCGUGCUCUUUUUGUUUCCAAUAUUUGCUUUUGAACUAAGGCAGUUAAUCUCCCGUAACAUCGGCCUUUUCCAACGGACCAGAAUCUACCCUUCCCAGCUAGGAAAGAUUCCCUCUGCGCCUGGAUACCCCGAGAAAAUGUCCACUGCGUUUAUAAGCGUUUUAAGUUAAGGUUGUUUUCUGUUUUCAUUUCCUAAGAUUCUAUUGUGCUGUAUGAAACAUGCAUGAACAAUAAAUGUAAAUAUAUUUUCAUUGCUAAUUGUACAACGCCCUCACUUGCGCCACUUCCACCAAGUUGCCUAGACAACUUAUGACACUUGCACUAAGUUACUGUAACAGCGGAGGUUUCGUCAUAAAGGCCGAAAUUCCCCUUUUGAAACUUCUCAAAACUUGCUGUACGAAUGGUAACAAAAAUCUUAAAAAUGAUCGAACAGUGAACAGCAGUAACAGACACUCGGCUCCGAAUUAUGGUCAAAGUUUCGAAGUGACUUCCUUGGGAAUUCAAAAAUGCGUUCGCAGCUUAAGAGGUGGUCGUUUACGAGAACAGGCUCUCGUACGCGCCCAAGUGAAACGCGUAUUUUACAUUAGAAGAGCAGUCACUUACGAGAGCUUUUAGCCAAAGUUUGACACAUGUUAUUUAUUACCGAUACCUCAUUUAGAUCAUGUACUACCUUAAAUUUAUCCUACGUGAGGUCAAUGCUUGAUCAAUGAGGUGUUGCAAUACUGGUCUUGUGUGGAACUGUUUGCCUACAAGAGUGUUCGCAAGGAGUGCGUGAGCUGUAAUUUUCUGUUCUUUUCUCGAUUUUUGCAAUUUUUUCGAGUUCAAAGUCAAGUAUUUCAUUUCACUUGCUGUAAAAACAAUAAGAAUACUUCAAUUGUCUCUCAAUUAACUGACGUAAACAAAUCCUUUUUGGAAUAAAAAGCCCAAUAUUUCCACUUUUUCUUUGAGUUGAAAAACGCAAGGUUCUCUUUGAUGAGUUUUUUUUUAAAAUCAAUUUUAUCGUUAGUUUUAUUACUAUUUUCUUUAGCUGCAAGGCCAUUAUCGCUGAUUACACUACCCUAAAACAAAGGAAAAUAAGAUUUAUAAGAAAGAAAAAAUCUGAACCACUAUAUACAUUUGGGUGUACGUCCUCCUUUCGAACUUCAUUCAAUGUCUCAUUUAUAUUCACUGGACUGGUCCGGAUUUGCUCAUUUGGCAGUAUCAUAUUAAUAAUUUCGAAUUUGUACCAUGACUGACGUAAACAAAUCCUUUUUGGAAUAAAAAGCCCAUUAUUUCCACUUUUUUUUCUUUGAGUUGAAAAACCCAAGAUUGCCUUUCAGACCCUAAUUUCUGAUCCAUUAAGGUUAACCUUCAGGCCCGGGUUGUUCAAGCGUUGGAUAGCGCUAUCCACCGGAUAAAUCGCUAUCCAGCAGAUAACUAAUGGGGAAACUAAUUGCAAUAUCCACUGGAUAGAGAUUUGUCCGGUGGAAAGCGCUAUCCAGCCUUUGAACAACCGAGGCCAGGCCAAUACCACAGGAUAAUUUGCUUAGCUGCUUUGUGCACCACAUUUUUAUUCUAAUAUAUAUAUUUUUUGAUUAAACUGCCGUGCAUACAUUGCUAGUAUAUGUCACCGUAAAUGUAUAGUAGUUUCUUUAAAUUCUAAAAUUUUAUGCAACGAUAUGAUAUUCAGAAUGCGACGGGACAUUUUCCAUUUGGUCAUUUGAAUAACAAAGAUAUUUAAGUUAGGAGAGCUUGGUCAUAUUUUUUAUUUAAUUAAUGAUUUUUCACAAUUGAGCAAUAGGUUCUCUUUGAUGAGUUUUUUUAAAAAUCAAUUUUAUCAUUAGUUUUAUUACUAUUUUCUUUAGCUGCAAGGCCAUUAUCGCUGAUUACACUACCCUAAAACAAAGGAAAAUAAGAUUUAUAAGAAAGAAAAAAAUUGAACCACUAUAUACAUUUGGGUGUACGUCCUUCGUUCGAACUUCACUCAAUGUCUCAUCAAUAUUCACGUUCGGCAAUCUCAUAUUUUAAUAAUUUGGAAUUUGUAACAUACUGUCGACCUUUAGUCGUAUUCCCGUAAUUGUGAGUAAAUUAUUUCACCUGCGGUCUCUGUCUUUUCACGACAAUUCCAAAAUUGUUAAUUAACUUUGUUCACUAUGAUAGUCUUGUCCAUGUCUUGUUCUUCCCUGUGGUGUUUACUCGUUGUGUCUUCGCUGAAUGUUCCGAGCGUUAUUGCCGGAGCGUCAUUCACAAAGCGGCGCCUGACUUUUUUCCACACGACGAUUCCAAAGAUCAAAGACAUUACGGCAAACUCGCCACUUCUUUUUAGAAACAUGAUUGCAUAUGUUGACCAAAACCACUCUCUAGUUACCUGUCUCCCUGUGUACAAGCUGUAGUCCUUAGCGUCCAGUACAAUACUCAACACUAGCAUCAGUGCAGCUAAAAAAGCUGAGAUAAAUACUUGUCUGAUAAUAUAUUUUAAUCUUGGCUCUCCCGUAACACGUCCCAGCUGUCGCGAUGAUUUUAAGUUCCUCCACAUUCUAUAUCCUGCAACGAUGUAUCCGACACAAAUUGCUAUUCCCAAGAUGGAGAGAAUCGAAUUCGAAAGCAAAUGCCAGAUUUCUCGCAACCCGCAGAAUACUAGCAAGCUAAAUACCAGUAAAAUUGCUGUAUAAGCAGCCGUAAUACAAAGCAAAACCCAAAUGUUUUGUAGCUUUGGAGCUGUCAGUGAAGUCUUGGUUGUUUCUAGAAGUAUAAGAAGCAUAAUGCUAAAUGCGGAUAGUACCAAAGCCUCCGAGAAGGACUCUAUGAAUAAGGCUGCCAUGAAAAUUUCCUUUGGCGCAUCGUGUAAGAACAGUGGAGUGACAAGAUGUCUGAGAAAUUUGAGCGUUGCUGCAAGUAGUAAUUCAGCUGUUAUAAAUCGGCCGUGGUUAUUUCCGUUUCUAACAGCCUGUGCCCAUUGCUUAACGAAAGCAAUGAAAAAAAUAACCGCCAAUGCUCCAAACAGUGUUACGAAUGUGUACGAAUAGAGCUUCAAAGCCCAAUGAUCUGAGAGUUCGUCAGGAUUAAAGGAUGAAUUGUUCAUGCUCAUUCGAGGAUACAUUUUGAAGAGUAUCUCCGAAAUUCGUUUUUCUGACAUAUUUAAGAAACUAUCCUGUAAUUUGCCAGUAAUCAGUUAAGAGAGAUGUUUAUCAUAAGAGGAGUCCAUAUGCUAAUGAUGUGUAUUAAGAACAUGUAGAAAGAACCAGCUGGGAACUAGUUUUUCUCAAAAAAAAAAAACAACACGUACGAGUCAAGAUAAUAAUUUUCUUGUCAAUCAAAAUUAUGUUUCGAGCUGGAAUGGACAAGAUAAUUGUUAAGGAUGAAGCCGUUGUAAAAAAACUUAUUUUUGUGCGCACAAGAUUAACAAUAAAGGACAAAUAAAGGAAAAAAACUUAGUAGGGUUGUCGUGUGCUUAAAACUGGCUUUCCCUGUUGGCCAUGAACGGAAUCCCAAAUCACUACUUUAAUGGGUUUGAACGCGGUCGCUCAUUUCAGCCACAAAAUAGGGGAAGUAACACAGGAGGCAUUUCAAUCAGUCGAGAAACAAACACUCUGUCUAACAGCCUGUUUCUGAGUGGUUAAAAAAAACUUGGAUUUAUCAAACCACUGUGCACAAUUUCCUACGAUGUAAAUCCCUCAAGUUUUUACAAGAAUUCCGCUAAAGAUUUGCUCGUGAAAACGUGAAAAGUGUUCAUCACGUUUUUCCAGAAACACGUCAAGGGGUAAUAUAUCUGCCCCGGGGCAAUUAUAUCUCUUUAUUGAAAACUCAUGAUCUGUCUCCAUGUACUAAGAAAAUUCAGAUAUGACGUCAUGACGGGAAAAACGUGUGAUAUAAUUAAAGAAAACGGAAAUACUAAAUCAGUGUACGUACAAAGAUUGGCAGAAUAGCUAUGGUUUAUUAAUCGGCUGCUGGCAAAGUACAGUUUUCUAAAUAUGCCAGAAAACAAGAAUUCUGGAGAUACUUUGUUCACAAACGCACCCUCGAACAGGUACAAUCCAUCCUCUAAUCCUGACGAACUCUCAGAUCAUUGGGCUUUGAAGCUCUAUUCGUACACAUUCGUAACCCUGUUCGGAGCAUUGGCGGUUAUUAUUUUCAUUGCUUUCGUUCAGCAGUGGGUACAGGCUGUUAGAAACGGAAAUGCUCACGGCCGAUUUACAACAGUUGAGUUACUACUUGCUGCAACGCUCAAAUUUCUCAGGCAUCUCAUCACUCCACUGUUCUUACAAGAUGCGCCAAAUGAAAUUUUCAUGGCAGCCUUAUUCACGGAGUCCUUCUCGAAGGCUUUGAUGCUAUCUGCAUUUAGCAUUCUGCUUCUUAUACUUCUAGAAACAACCAAGACUUCACUGACGCCUCCAAAGCUACAGAACAUUUGGGUUUUACUUUGUAUUUCGGCUAUUUUUGCAGCAAUUUUACUGGUAUUUAGCUUGCUAGUAUUCUACGGGUUCCGAGAAAUCUGGUAUUUACUUUCAAAUACGAUUCUCUUCAUCUUGGGAAUAGCAAUUUGCAUCGGAUACAUCGUUGCAGGGUAUAGAAUGUGGAGGAACCUAAAAUCUUCGCGACAGCUAGGACGCGUUACGGGCGAGCCAAGAUUAAAACAUAUAAUAAGGCAAGUAUUUAUAUCAGCUGUUUUAGCUGCCCUGAUGCUUAUACUUGAUCUCCUGAUAGCUGCUAAAAUCUACAGGUUUUACAAACGCAGACGGGUAGCUAGUAGAGCGUCGUUUUGGUCAACGUAUGCGGUCAUGUUUCUGGAAAAAAGUGUCGAGUUUGCCGUUAUGUCCUUGAUCUUUUGGAUCGUCGUGUGGACAAAAGUCAGAGGCCACUCUGUGAACGACGCUCCGGCAAUAACGCUCGGAACAUUCACCGAAUGUACUGUGAGGAAUCACAAAGGGGAAGAAAGGACAAGAUACAGAGAAGACUUUUAGGGGGACACAACUUUAAUAGAUAACUUUAGAAUUGUCACGAAGACAAAGCCGAGCCUGUAAGUGUGGUACCAGAAGUGCAGGCGGAAAAAUCACUUAAAAUUGCGAGAAUAAGGUAAAUGUUGACAUCACGCUAACGGUAGAAUAACAUUAAAUUCGAAGUUGUUGUGAAAAUGCUGAAUAAAGAUUUAAAAACAUUAACUGAAGAUUGAAAGAUGAACGUACACCCAAGAUUUAUGUUGUGGUUCCUUUUUUCCUUUCUUUUUAAUUUUUUUUUCCCUUUGUUUUUGGAUGUAGUAGUGAGUGAUUAACUAUGAGUUUGAAUCCAAAGAGAAUAAAAUUUAACAACAAAAAGCACGUCAAAGAGAACCUUCAUUGUAUUGCACCAAUUGAGAAAAAUCAUUAAAAAAAAUAACUUUUGUCAUUCAAAUGACAAAAUGUCAUUGAUAAAUGUCCCCUUUCAUUCUGAAUUUAAUAUCACUGCAUAAAAUUUUAGAAUUUUAACAAAAUUUUAGUACGUUUACAUUGACAUAUACGGAUAAUUUAUACAAUGUAGUUUAAUUGAAAAAUAAAGACUAAAUGAAAAAUCCGCUAUGUAUCCCUAAAGGGCUAUCAUAAUGGAUCCUGAACAAGGGUCUGCAAAGAAUUCUUCUGUUUUUCAAACCAAUAUGAAAAAAAUGGAAAUACUGGGCUUUCUAUUCCAAACAUGAUUCUUGAGGGUCUGUUAAUUUGAGCGACAAGUUUACUGUUCGUGUUGUUUUUUUAAGGCAACUAAAAAAACAUACUUUGUACUUGACAUCUAUUUACAAAUCGACGACAUCUAAGGUGGUUGUCACUUUUCUUCAAACAGGGUUUGAGUUUCUAAAGUGACCGAUGGAUUUUGUUUUAACAGGAGGAAAAAUUUAGAUGGGCUUUUAAAAGGAAAUAUGGCUCUUGAUUUAUUCGUUUUACUCAGCUGCUUUCUGUUCGUAAUUGAACUGGUUCGCGUUCACGAUUUUACGUAGAUCUAUCGACAUGUUAGAGUAGUUUGUAAAAUGUGGGUGAAGGAAAACUUCAAAGUUAUGCUGUCAGUUGCGUCAUUUAAAACAUAGAUUCAAAUGACUUUUGCUUUAUUCCUCAUUGAUUUUGAGCAGUUACGUGAAAGGUUCUACUGCUGGAACUUCGUUCUUGAACGCUUAGCCGAGUUGUACUGUUGGGUUCCUUCCCUACCAGGACUGUUGCAGAUGUGUUUAUUCGUCAAUACCACUUAAACGCAUAAAUUUAUAAUCAACCAUAGGGAAACUUCCCACUAGCGGUCAUCCUCGUUCACGCAUAAUAUAGGGGUAUGAAAUAAAAUGCGCGAUCACUUGAGCCAAGUAGGCGGGGUUUAUCGAGGUGACUUUCCGAAGUCUUUCUGAAGUCAGGCUCUGGUGCCAAAGGGAGUUGUUUUUCGAGUAUUUCGUAUCACGUAAGACAGUCUUGGGUUCUGCAGGGCCGCAUUGUUCAAAGCAGGGUUAAGAUAACUCAGGGUUAGUGCGGUGUUUAAAUUCAGAUAAGAAGGCUUAAAAAGCAAAUUUUGUCUAAUUCUUUUUGCCUGCAUUGUAAUGAUAUGAUGCUCUAUAAAGAAUAAAGAAAGUUCUCCGAUAAAAUGCUUUUGAACAGCCGGGCCGAGUUGUUCAAAGCUGGGUUAAGAUAACCCAGGGUUAGUUCGAGAUUUGAAUUAAGAUUUGAAAGCUUGAAAAGCAUUUCAUUUUUAAUUCUUUUUGUCUACAAGUUGAUAAUUGGAAGCUCUUAAAAUAACAGAGAAAAUUGCCUUUGAGAAAAUGCUUUUGAACACAAGAAAAGGAAACUAGGGUUAAAUUUAACGCCAGGUUAAGCGCUAAUCGGUCUUCGAACAACUGGACCCAGAAGAAUAAGAAAGACAGACUAAAAUGUUAUCCUGGAUUAGCGGUAAUUGGGCCGAGUUCUUCGAACAGGAUUCCGGAUGCCAUUAACAAAAAUUUCCUGUAUUCUGGAAUUCGGACCUUACAUGAGACGAGGAUUCACACUGGAAGAAAUCUAGAACUUUGAUAUGUUGUUGGUCUUCCUCGUAUUUCCUCAUUUCAUCUUCAUCAAUGUUUCACUGCGUCAGCGGAGCUUUGCCUCCUCCGCAAUUGCAAAGUAAUUUUAAGUUGUGCAUUGCUGUCGUCUCGGCUUCUUUCAGCUUAUUUCUCGCUUGUUAGUGUCGUAUCUUCCGCAAAAGUUCCCAGUUGUACUGCUGGGCUAUCAUGCACAGAACGGCCUCUAUGUUUAGUGGACACGACAAUGCCAAAUAUCAAAGCCAUCAUCGCAAACUCACAACUUCUUUUCAGAAAUAUGAGUGUAUACCUUGACCAUAUUGUUCUGCUAGUUAUCUGUCUGUCUGCAAAUAAUAAGUAGUCUUUAGCGGCCAACGAUUGAUCUAGUGCUAGCAUCAGCAAAGCCGUAAAAGCUGCUAGAAAUGCUUGUUUCACUAUGUAUUUUAAUCUCAGUUCGCUCGUAGACCGACCAAGCUGUCGCGAGGAUUUUAAGUUCCUCCACAUUCUAUAUCCUGCGACAGUAUAUCCGAUGCAAAUUACUAAUCCCCAAAUGAAAACAACGAAGUUGGCAAUUAAAAACCAGGUUUCUCGACUUCCGUAUAGGACUAGCAAGUUUAAUGUCAGCAGGACUACGAGAAAAACAGCCGUUAUGCCAAGCAACAUCCAGAUGUUUUGGAGCCUUGGAGCGGCCAGUGAAAUCUUUGUUGUUUCUAGAAGUAUGAGAAGCAGAAUACUGAACGCAGAUAGCAACAAAGCCUUUGAGAAUGUCUCUAUUAGCAACGAUGCUAAAAAGAUUUCAGUAGUUGCAUCGCCUAAAGAUGUCGGCGUGCAGAGGUGGCCGAUGACUUUAAGUGUUGCAGCAAGGAAUAACUGAACUGUUGUGAAGCGACCAUACAUAUUCCGGCUCGGAGAGGUCUGCAUCCAUUGUCGAAUAAAAGCAACGGCACAAAUCACCGCUAAAGUACCGAACAGGGUUGUGAAUAGGUACAAGUAGAGAUCCCAAGCCCACUGAUUCGGUAUUUUGUCAAGAUUGCGAGAUGGAGUAUAGGCGGUCGGAGAUAUGUUCAUGGCGUGCGAAAUAGCUGAAAAUGCGGUCAUGCUGUUGCAUUCGCGGCGCAGGGUUUGCUUUGCAAACAGCUUAUACCUUAGUCCUAGUUACAAAGCCGUGGGUUUUGCAUAAAUAAUUACCAUUUCAAACCCCUAUUAAAUGGCAUUGAAUUGUUUCUUUACAGUGUAAAUUUCUAUUACUAAGUGCUCUCUUUGUGUCAAUUUUUUCCUUUGUUAAUGGACUGUAUUCUUUGUACAGGUAAAGUCAAUCCAACCAUAUAUGGGUUUUGUCUUUUUGUUUUUGUUACUGCCUUGUUUGUUUGUCGGCUCUUAAAGUUCGAGUCAAUCUCGGAACCCGACCAUCCACAUGAUCCGGAUAUUUUUGAAAUGCGUUAUAGUUUUUUUUAUACGAAUAGGCCGUGGACGAACGAGCGAUUCACUGAUUUCGUGUGGUUUCAAAAAUAUUCGCCGGAUUCGUGUGAACGGUGCUUCAGUCUCUACGUUUUAACAGAUAUAGAUACUUAUAGGGGACUUGUGUCGAUUUGCUUUAAGCGCCGGAUAGCGUCCGUAAUACAAUGUAAUAGUAUAAAAGACUAGCGCUGCUUUCAUAUCUGGGAAAUACGCCCGACGGAUCGUCACCUAGUGGACUCAGUCUGGUGUUGACCAGAGUCAAACAAAAGAAAUUUACAAAAGUAAUCCAAAUAUUUUGAAGCUAAGGAGUAAAAUUUUUUAUUCUUUAAGUAAUAUAUCAAUCAUGAAACGCAGUGUUUGAUCACCAGAUAAAACACCGAGAAGAGAGUUGAAGAUACGACGCCCAGCAGAGUAUUUUUGACGAACUUCGAGGUGUUUCAUGUAAUAUAUCAAACAUGAGACGCAGUGUUUCAUCACCAGAUGAAACACCAAGAAGAGAGUUGAAAAUACGACGCGCAGCGGAGUAUUUUUGGCGAACUUCGAGGUUUUUCAUCUGGUGAUGAAACACUGUGUCGAAUGUUUGAUAUUUCUUCUGAAACAAAAUCAUUUUUGAAGGAGAAAUUAAGGAUGCAAAAAUGAGCAGUUUUUCAUCUGAUAUCCAAACACUCAUUAAACAUUAAUUUCCUUUGAAUUUUCUUUAUGAAUUAUUAAUGAGUUUGAGAACUGGUGAUGAAACACUGUGUCGAAUGCUUGAUAUUACUUCUCAAACAAAAUGGUUUUAGAAGGAGAAAUUAAGGAUUCAAAAAAGAGCAGUUUUUCAUCUGAUUUCCAAACACCCAUUAAACAUUUAUUAAAAUUUCGUUGUAUUUUCUUUUUUAAUUAUGAAUGAGUUUGAGAAGUUAAUGAUAAUACCAGCAUACGCACCAACCUAAAUUGCUUAGAUGUCGAUCAGCUGCACCUACUACCCUGCAGUUAUCAUUGAGAGAAUGUGUAGCCGACAAUCAUUUUAGUAAUUUGUUUUUUUUUUAUGUUCCAGGUACGUGAGUCUGGGAGGAGAUUCAGCUUUACAUGAGAACGCAUCUCGUUUGAAGGAGUUGGAGGGACGAGCUCAGAAAGCAGGGGAAGAAAAAGAAGCCGUUUCUAGUGAAAUCGAUAAGCUGAAGGAAGACAUUGCUAAGCAACAGGUUAGUUAACCCUUUAAGUACCAAGAAUGACCAACAUCAAUUUUCUCCUAACGAUGUCAAUUGAAGAUAAUAGGUUAGAAGAAUUAAUAGAAUGAUCAUCUACUAAGGGAAAAUGCUGUGAUCGUUUCUCAAUUUUAUUUAUACAUUUAUUUGUACAGGAACAUUUGGUUCAGCGUGGCUAAUUUAAACACAGUCCGAAAAAAACAAAAUAGUGAACGAACAAAAUAAAACCAAAGAGAAUCAAUAUACAGAGAGUGGCGCACUAAAAGUAUGUAGACACGCGACAACUAAUAAGAAUACCCUGGCGCUUGAAAUGCUAAGGACUUGAACGUAAUUUCUCUCAACCAAUUCUUUAAUAAAGUGUAUGGAGAUCUGUCUGUAGAAUUUGUAUUGAGACCGUGGGGCUUAAGAGAUCAAUAAUUUGCGUGUAGUGUAAAUUUUUCGCCUUGCUCAUGCGUCUGUACUUGUGCCAUUUGUUAUGUCUCUUUUAGAUUCGUGCGCGUGAGCUUGAAGAUAAUAUGCAGCUGAAGAGCACUCAAGAAGAGAUUCAGAACAUCGAGAAGAAAAUAAACGAUGUUAAGAGAGAACUCAAAAAGUUUGGAGAGCACCAGGACCUUGUGACGUAAGAAUAUGGGUGCGGGGGAGGUUCUUGUUCAAAUGUUAUUGCUAUUAUUUCUCCAAUUUACCGUUUUUUACGUUUUGAACUUCUUUCCAAUUUUCCAUUUUCUUCGUUUUGAACUACUUUCCAACCAUUUCACGUCGGUUCAUUUCGUUCUCUUAUAGUCAGAGGCAAGAUCUACAGCAACAGUCUGAUGAAUUAAGGAAGAACGUACGUUGUAAAGUCACAUGCUUUUUUGUAUUAAUUCACAUUUUCACUGCUUGCCUCUGAUCUGUUUUUUUUUAUUAUCAUUAUUGUUAUAGAAAGCGCAUUAUGAAGGACGGCUGAGAGGCUUCGACGAUGAGGUGAAGAGAUGUCAGAGGGAGCUGCGCAGUGACUUAUACAAAAAUGCUGACGAGAAGCACAGACAGCAGAUCAUUGCGCUGAAAGUAUGUAAUGGUAAAGAGUAGACAAGCUCGCAAAUUGUCAGUUUUGAAAUGUUUAUGGAUCUUCAGUGGUAGAUCUUUUAGUUUCAAUUAGUUAACGGUAGUGUAGCUUCCGCAUGAGCGAGGUUAGAGGUUUGGACGAAUUCUUUAUAAAUGUUUUGUUGUCCCAGGCUCUUUAAAGUGAACAAAUCUAUGUUUUAUUGUUGUAAUUUCUGAUGGACUCACUUGGUAAACCUGUUUGAAAUUUUUUUCUCUCAGACAACUGAAAUGGCAAAUGCAGAUCUUGAGAAAUACUACAAAGCACUGGACGGGUAGGACUAUGACACAUUUAAACAAAAGUUAGUUAGAACUUUGAGGAUUUCAGUGAUCAACUGAAUUUUGCUGAAUCGCCUUAACACUUUCGAUUGAUUCUUCAGGGCUAUCAUGCGUUAUCAUGGCCUAAAGAUGGCAGAGAUAAAUAAAAUCAUCAAAGAGUAUUGGAUCAACACUUACAAGGGAAAUGGUAAGUUCAUGUCCGUCAGUUUCAACAGGAACAGACAAACUACGGGAUGAACGUAUGUAGGUUUUCUGCCACAGACUCAAAAAGCCAUAGCCAUCUUGUACAGGAAGACACACGUUGUUUCCACAAUAUAUAGUUUCAUCUGAAUGGCUGGGUCACUACUGCACAGUUUAUUCACCUUUUUAUUCCAACUGUUAACCCUUUAAGCCCCAAGAUCCAAAUACAAAUUCUUCAGACCGAUCUCCAUACAUUUCUUUUAAAAAUAGUUGAGAGAAUUUGGUUUACGAUCAAAGUAUUCUCCCUUUGGUUAUCAAUUUAGUAAUUCUUAUAACCUUUACUCUUGUUGAUCUGCUGAUGUUGUUAGGAGAAAAUUGAUAUUGAACACUCUUGGGACCUAAAGGGUUAAAGCAAGUAGAGUGACAGUAUCAGAAGGUCCCGGUUAAUAAGAUAAGAAGCAAAAGCCGUUGCUUAUCGCGACUGUCGAAAUCGUUCAAAAUAGGAUAUAUCUAGCACGGAGUGUUUUAUGCGAUACUCAGAAGCAGAGGAGUAGAUUUGAUAUUGGAUAGAACGCUUCCUGUCUUAAACCCUUUCGACUCUUAGACCACGUUAUGGUGUAAGCAUGUUGAUGUGAUAAUCUUAAACUGUUACCAUUCAAUUAGCAGACAAUAUGGCAGAAUUUUACCACACUGCUUAUAAUUUCCUAGGAUUUUACAAAACGUCAAGUCGAUUUCUUUUUUUGUGCUCAUUAUUAGUACAGCUAGGGUUACAAUGCACUUUCAAAUCUCCUUUAGUUUGUCAUGCAUACGAGUUUAUCACACGUCUCAUUCUAUCUCAUGCAGAUAUCGACACCAUUGAAAUUCGGUCAGAUGAGGAGGAAGGAAGCGGAGCAUCGAAAGCACGACGGACAUACAAUUACAGGGUAAACCUAUGUUUAUUGCCUGCCUUUUUUUAUUUACUCCUCUUUCGUUUACGACAUUUCUGUUCCACUGAACCGGAAAAGACGUUGACCUCUUCGGUCGGAAGUAUGCAAGUUAGCACAGGUUUCGAACUACUAAGUACGAUAAGCACAGUCAGAUUCAAGGUUUCAGCCAGAUUUACAUUCAUAUCCAAAGUUUUCAAUUGAUCAUCCACGGCUUCGACUUAACGUGAUAUAGUUUGACUGGAAAAAUCACGCGUUAUUUUCUUGACCAAUCAGAAGUAAGAUCCAAACGUUAUCAGGACAGACGUUUUCCCGCGCUUUUUACUGUCAACGAAAAUAGCAUCAAGUUCUGAUUGGUUCAUUUCAAUUCAUGCUCGUAUAAUGAUUGGUUCUUUUGAUUUACAUGAAUGGCUUCCAUAUUAUGGUUGGUUUAUUUUAAUUUAUGCACUUGACUGGUCUGCUCGGUUCACUUGAAUUCCUUUCAUAUAGACCUUUUUAGCUUGUAUUGUGUUUUCCCAAUUUUAACCUCCACGUGGUGUUGUCAAGGAGAAGUUAUCUUUUCUAAAACUUACGCAUGCGUAUGCACGUGGAUAAGACAACUUAUAUAAGAUACAGUUCUCUGAGGUACUAUCACGUGAUCUGAAAUGAGAAAACAAGCAUACAAGCUGAAAAGGUCUCUUGUGAUUGGCUCUCUUGAGUAUUUGCUCGUGUUUUGAUUGGUUCAUUUGAACUUCUGCACCUAUUAACGACUCGCCAAGAUAAUUGCAUUGUAAAUGAUUAAACUACUACUCUUAACUGUAGCCCUUCCGCCGUUAGGUUGUUAUGCUUAAAGGCGACACUGCCCUGGACAUGAGGGGGCGCUGUAGCGCUGGACAAAAGGUUUGUAUAUAUGUCGUUUUUGGGGUUCCCCACACCACCCCCAAAUGCUAAAGCCUUUAAUAAGAAACCUAAUUCACUUGUAUUUUCGCCCCGCAUUCCUCAGUUGAUUUAAUAACUGAGAUGGAAACGCCCUCCGAAAAAGGAGUCAUUUGAAACGAAGGCUUAAGAAUGCUCAUGUCCUUUGUAUGCGAUUCAGUUUCCCAGAAGGAAAUUUUUAAAAUGGAAAAUCCAUCAGCGCAUGCCCUUGCUGUACCAGUCUAUAAUUAAUCGGUGAUAAAACACAAUCUCACUUAUAAUUUUCCUUCUUAUCGUUUGAACUUGUAGCUUUUUAUCCGUUGACGUUUUUUGAAAUAAUGGAAAAGGAAACGCACAAAAUCAGCGCGAGAGUUUGUCCCUGGACUGAUGUAGCACCGCUGUACAGCGCAAAAGUCGGCUGGUCAACGGUGGUAGCCAUGCACGACUGACAAACAAUUUGAACAUCGCGCGAAGUAUUUUUCCAUCUCAAUCACUUUUGAAACUGUUUUCAGCUCUUGAAUAGGCCAUUUCCGAGUUCCCCGGGGCCUCUGUAUCAAACGAGGUUAAGUGCUCAGCCUUUGAUGUGGAAAUGAUUUUUCAUUCUCAUGCAAAUAAAACUCAUUUUCACGAGAAAGGUUGUGCACUUGGCCUCAUUUUGAAAGUGAGGGUUUUUGGAACUCGGAAGUGACCUAUUGGAAUAAGUGUUAAUUUCCAUUAAUUUCAGGUUCUGGCUUCGCUGAUUAUCAUGUGUAACAUUGUUUAAUUUCAGGUUCUGGCGUCACUGAUUAUCAGAUUAGCCCUGGCGGAAACGUUUUGUUUGAACUGCGGUAUUCUAACGCUUGACGAACCAACUACCAACUUGGACGAAGACAAUAUCGAAAGUUUGGCCAACCAGUUGGCUUCGUAAGUCUUCAGUUGUUCUUCUUGAAGUGAGAUGAUUAAGCAGUUGCAAAAUAAAUACAAACAGCUGUUUCGGUCGUUGUUGUUACUUUGGUUGUUUACUUUCUCAUUUAACCUCCGCCUGGCCUGUUCAACCUCAGCCUGACCAACACUCAGGGUCUUUAAAUGACUGAGAAGAAAGUGUAAUGAUAUCUGCAAACAGUUAGACAUUCUAGAAACCGUCUCACAACCCUUGCUGACAUACCGUAAAAUUCCGAAAAUCAACCCCGGGGCUUAUAUUUUUGAGGGGCUUAUCAACGGAGGGAAAUUUGCGUUUCAAAGUCGAUUGCGCUAGCCUUAUAUUUGGAUGUAAAUUUGCCGUUUUUGCUUUGUUUUACUUUGUAUUUGCGGGCAAUUUUCCAAGUACAAGCCCCGGGGGACUUAUAUUUGGAGGGGCGAUUUAACGGAGGGUUUUUUGAGUUACCGGAUUGGGGGCCUUAUAUUUGGAGGGGCUUAUUUUCGGAAUUUUACAGUAUAAUAAAUUGUAUGGGACGUUAAAAAACCUACACACUGCUAGCAAAGAGUAAGGGAUGUAGGCCCCGGUGUGGUGGUUGUGUCUCAAAUUCAUAUUCCCAUUAGGGCACAUCAUUACUCAUUACUACAUAACUUGAAAGCUGCGCCAUUUUAAAGCAGUCUGACAGAAGUCUCCCAACCAGUACCCUGAAAAGCAAUUUAGCAAGUGGAGUACUUUUUUUCCUUAUUUCACAGAGUUAUCAGGACAAGACAACUCCAGAGGAACUUUCAACUUGUCAUCAUCACUCAUGACGAAGAGUUUGUAGAGAACCUUGGAAGAGCGGACUUUGUGGAUUAUUACUUCAGGAUCUAUAAGGACGAGAGGUAAGGUGGGAGUCCAACGGAAGGGAUUUAGUCUACCUAUCCGGUAUAGUUAUUAGGAAGCUUAAGAUCCGAUGCCGGCGACCGCUACGAAAACGUUACUUAAAUAGUGAAUGGUCGCUGCUUUAAACUUUAUGACGCUUAUUCUAUCUUUGUCAUGCAUACGAGUUUAUCACACGUCUCAUUCUAUCUCAUGCAGAUAUCGACACCAUUGAAAUUCGGUCAGAUGAGGAGGAAGGAAGCGGAGCAUCGAAAGCACGACGGACAUACAAUUACAGGGUAAAACUAUACUUGUUGUCUGACUUGUUUUAUUUACUCCUCUUUCGUUUACAACAUUUUUGUUCCACUGAACCGGAAAAGACGUUGACCUCUUCGGUCGGAAGUAUGCAAGUUAGCAUAGGUUGCAAACUACAAAGAACGAUAAGCACUGUCAGAUUCAAGGUUUCAGCCAGAUUUACAUUCAUAUUUAAAGUUUUCAGUUGAUCAUCCACGGCUUCGAUUUAACGUGAUAUAGUUUGACAGCAAAAAUCACGCGCUAUUUUCUUGACCAAUCAGAAGUAAGAUCCAAACGUUAUCAGGACAGACGUUUUCCCGCGCUUUUGACUGUCAACGAAAAAUUAAUAGCAUCAAGUUCUGAUUGGUUCAUUUCAGUUGCCGCACGUAUAAUGAUUGGUUCUUUUGGUUUACAUGAAUGGCUUCCAUAUUAUGGUUGGUUUAUUUGAAUUUAUGCUGCCUCUUAUUAUGACUGGUCCUUUCGGUUCACUUGAAUUCCUUUCAUUUAGACCUUUUUAGCUUCUAUCACGGUUUUGUUUUCCUAAUUUAAACCACCACGUGAUAGUCUCAAGGAGAAUUUGUCUCUUCUAAAGAUUACGCAUACAUUUGCGCCCGGAUAAGACGACAUUAAGACUUAAUGCGAGAAACAGCUCUCUGGGGUACCAUCACGUGAUCUGAAAUGAGAAGACAAGCAUACAAGCUGAAAAGAUCUCCUAUGAUUGGCUCCCUUGAGUAUUUUCUCGUGUUUUGAUUGGUUCAUUUGAACUUCUGCACCUAUAAACGACUGGCCGAGGUAAUUGCAUUGUACAUGAUUUAACUACCACUCUUAACUAUGUCCCCUCCGCCAUUAGGUUGUUAUGCUUAAAGGCGACACUGCCCUGGACAUGAGAGGACGCUGUAGUGCUGGACAAAAGGUUUGUAUAUAUGUCGUAUUUUGGGUCCCCUCCACCGCCCCAAAAUGCCAAAGCCUUUAAUAAGAAACCUAAUUUACUUGUAUUUUCGCCCCGCAUUCCUCAGUUGAUUUAAUAACUGAGAUGGAAAUGCCCUCCGAAAAAGGAGUCAUUUGAAACGAAGGCUUAAGAAUGCUCAUGUCCUUUGUAUGCGAUUCAGUUUCCCAGAAGGAAAUUUUUAAAAUGGAAAAUCGAUCAGCACAUGCUCUUGCUGUACCAGUCUAUAAUUAAUCGGUGAUAAAACACAAUCUCACUUAUAAUUUUCCUUCUUAUCGUUUGAGCUUGUAGCUUUUUAUCCGUUGACGUUUUUUGAAAUAAUGGAAAAGGAAACGCACAAAAUCAGCGCGAGAGUUUGUCCCUGGACUGAUGUAGCACCGGUGUACAGCGCAAAAGUUGGCUGGUCAACGGUGGUGGGCAUGCACGACUGACAAACCAUUUGAGAGUCGCGCGAAGUAUUUUUCCAUCUCAAUCACUUUUGAAACUGUUUUCAGCUCUGAAUAGGCCAUUUCCGAGUUCCCCGGGGCCUCUGUAUCAAACGAGGUUAAGUGCUCAGCCUUUGAUAUGGAAAUGAUUUUUCAUUCUCAUGCAAAUAAAACUCAUUUUCACGAGAAAGGUUGUACACUUGGCCUCAUUUUGAAAGUGAGCGUUUUUGGAACUCGGAAGUGCCCUAUUGGAUUAAGUGUUAAUUUCGAUUAAUUUCAGGUUCUGGCUUCGCUGAUUAUCAUGUGUAACAUUGUUUAAUUUCAGGUUCUGGCGUCACUGAUUAUCAGAUUAGCCCUGGCGGAAACAUUUUGUCUGAACUGCGGUAUUCUAACGCUUGACGAACCAACUACCAACUUGGACGAAGACAAUAUCGAAAGUUUGGCCAACCAGUUGGCUUCGUAAGUCUUCAAUUGUUCUUCUUGAAGUGAGAUGAUUAAGCAGUUGCAAAAUAAAUACAAACAGCUGUUUCGGUCGUUGUUGUUACUUUGGUUGUUUACUUUCUCAUUUAACCUCCGCCUGGCCUGUUCAACCUCAGCCUGACCAACACUCAGGGUCUUUAAAUGACUGAGAAGAAAGUGUAAUGAUAUCUGCAAACAGUUAGACAUUCUAGAAACCGUCUCACAACCCUUGCUGACAUACCGUAAAAUUCCGAAAAUCAACCCCGGGGCUUAUAUUUUUGAGGGGCUUAUCAACGGAGGGAAAUUUGCGUUUCAAAGUCGAUUGCGCUAGCCUUAUAUUUGGAUGUAAAUUUGCCGUUUUUGCUUUGUUUUACUUUGUAUUUGCGGGCAAUUUUCCAAGUACAAGCCCCGGGGGACUUAUAUUUGGAGGGGCGAUUUAACGGAGGGUUUUUUGAGUUACCGGAUUGGGGGCCUUAUAUUUGGAGGGGCUUAUUUUCGGAAUUUUACAGUAUAAUAAAUUGUAUGGGACGUUAAAAAACCUACACACUGCUAGCAAAGAGUAAGGGAUGUAGGCCCCGGUGUGGUGGUUGUGUCUCAAAUUCAUAUUCCCAUUAGGGCACAUCAUUACUCAUUACUACAUAACUUGAAAGCUGCGCCAUUUUAAAGCAGUCUGACAGAAGUCUCCCAACCAGUACCCUGAAAAGCAAUUUAGCAAGUGGAGUACUUUUUUUCCUUAUUUCACAGAGUUAUCAGGACAAGACAACUCCAGAGGAACUUUCAACUUGUCAUCAUCACUCAUGACGAAGAGUUUGUAGAGAACCUUGGAAGAGCGGACUUUGUGGAUUAUUACUUCAGGAUCUAUAAGGACGAGAGGUAAGGUGGGAGUCCAACGGAAGGGAUUUAGUCUACCUAUCCGGUAUAGUUAUUAGGAAGCUUAAGAUCCGAUGCCGGCGACCGCUACGAAAACGUUACUUAAAUAGUGAAUGGUCGCUGCUUUAAACUUUAUGACGCUUAUUCUAUCUUGUUUAAUUUUUUCAAGUGUUGGCAAAUUUGUUUCGAGUUGAAUUCUAAAGGACUGUACGUUCAGGAAAAGAAAAAGAAAGUUGUUGUCUUCUGUUCCCGUCCUUGACAAAACGUGAGAUUAGGCACUUUCACGUUGUAGUCGUGCAAUAACGGCAAAGAAAUGUACAAAAAAGAUUGAUGCACAUGCAAAGUUGUUGUUUUGCUAAUCUAAACCUAUUGCUUUUUUGCCGUUUUCGUUGCCGUCGUCGUCGCUCUCAUUAUAAAUAGCAACAGCCCCGGAGUGGAACAAGUCGUUUACACAUCGAACAUCACGUUGGAGUGGUUGGCCGAGAGGGUUUAUUGCUCUUGGGGCCUGUUUACAUAUAGGUGGGGGACGCCAGGUAGGUGAUGUAACCUGCUUAGCUGUCCAUAUAAUCUCUCAUUUUAAUGUGAUCACGUUUACAUGGUAGGUGGGGUGAUCAUAUGAGAGAUUAGAGAUUACAUGGUCAGGCAGGUUACCCCACCUAAGCGGGUUACCUUACCUAAGUGGGGUCCUCCACUUCCAUGUAAACAGGCUUUUAAUCCCAGUCGUCACUCCUUAGUAUUUCCUUCCGUCGCAGUGGGUUCCAUCCCUCGCUCCAACUUAUCCAUUUCCGCUAUGGUACGACUUAGUAGUACUUGAUCACACUGCAACAAAGUGUGGCACAAAACUUAUCUGAUAUGUGUGACACUCCACUUUCGAGAUCAGCGCGGCACAGCUUCCCUCCUUUACAGACAUCGCGCCGAAAUCACUGUACUUAUGUGGUAAAGAAGCCCUAUUCGAUAACAUGGUCUUCGUGCCGAAGUAAGAGCCAUCCGUUGUAGUGUGAACAUGGCUUUAAAAUGACCGCUCAAGUUGAAAUAGUUUUAGUUCAUAUCAAUUCCUACAACAGGAAGUCCGACUUCUGUAUUCUUUACAUCUACAGGUAUUUAGAAUAAAGCGGAGACCGUCUAAUAGCUCUACAGAGCUUGCUUGAUCUCCUGCCUUGUAGUGAUGUAAUAGGUUAUGUGUAUGAAUGAAUGUAUGGUAAAUAAAGGUACUUCUUCUUCUCCUUGGCAAAAAAAAAGUCAAUCUCCUUAUCGGUACAAAAACAAACUUACUAGUGGAAAUUAGUGGUUUUUUUCACUCUUUCUUCCAGUGGUUACUCGCAGAUCGUGAAACAGAGUGUGGCUGCGUUACAUCGUGAAGAGGAGUCUCAACUGGAGUGAUGCCCAGUUUCUUUGAAAUUUUUGAGGUUGAGCGAUUUUAGAGUGAGCGACAAAAGGAAACGCU